GGAACCAAUCAAAGAGCGUAGAGCCGGCGCUGGGGUUCCCUAUUGGUCCCUGUGCCCGUCAUUCAUUGCGGCAUACCCCUGUAAAGCAGUGGUGAACACUGGCUGGCAGCAGAGCAGAAAUGUGAAGAUAUAUGCCAUGCAACUCCACCGGGUAAGGAUCUGUUUAGGUUUUACGAGUUGCUUCUUGGCUUAUAGCCUACCUACUGCAGUUGUGAGUUCGUGAAACGCAGUUAUCUUUUAUAUACUUAUACAAAUAGAACUAGUUUUAGGUUACUGUGAUGUUUUUAGCAAUGGCAUUUUAAUUUCUGACGAAUUAAACUGAAUAUUUAUUGAUUUGUUUUGCCAAUAUGCUGCAGAAACCCUGCAGGAAAGCGUGUUUAUGCUGCAGUUCAAACACUGAUCAUUGCUCUUGUGUUUGCUUGCAAGGUGACAAUAACCCGCGGGAUUAUGUUAUGAUGUAAACAGUACAGAGGUUUUGCGGAAUAUCAGGCAGGAAAGCACUGAAGGACGUGCAAAGAAUUGUGCUUGCUGUGCUUGCAAAUGUCUGAAAUGCCAGCGACAGCACUGGGGCUCUUCUCUGCAUGUGUCGUCACCUUGUUUGACACUCAGCUUUUAUGCGGCAGCUUGUGAAAUGUUGAUGAAAUUGUGUUUCAUGUAGUUGGACAGCAAUGUCGAAGAGGACGAGGAUAGGGGACAGGGUUAGGAAGAGAAGUUUUAUCAGAAUUACAAGUCAAUCCAUGUUGGAUUACACAGCUUCAAUUCUUGCUUAUGAAAUAGGUUUGUUUGGAAAUGUAGAGGGCCCAUUGAUGCAGAAGAAGCAGUACAGUUUGGUAAAGCAUCAAAUCUAGCUUUAAAAUGAGCCUUUAGGAUGUCUACUAUAGGCUAUGUUGAAUUUCAGUCUUAAACUCAAAGACUUAAUCAUUCUCCAAAGUGCAUAAAAGUCAAUAGAAGAUUUAUCAUGUUAUUGAGCAUUUCAGCAGAUUUACAGCUCUGUGCUACUUUCUCUCUGACAGCAUAUGGACAGGCCACAUAUCCUCCUCUGCAGCCCAAGCACAGUCACUCAGCCUGGGGCCUGGCCACUUUUCUUUCCCUAGACUGCUCCAGUGAUUAACAUGCCACCCAUCAUGGAGGGCACACACACCGUGUUGCUCCUAUACGCACCCAUCCGUGAGCUAAGCCACAUCAGCUUGUAUUUUCCCAAGAGGCGGGCCAGGGGUUUCAAGUACAAGAGCCGCGCCCCUCAUUCAGAGAAGUUCACUAAUGACCAUGACUGGGGAAAGGAGGAUCUUGCCAUGUCCGAACAAAGAGGCCAGUCUUCAGACUUCUCAGGCAAACUGCUCAACUCCCAGGAAGCAAUCGCAGAGUUCUGCUGGCUGGCGGCGGAGCAUCACCAGUUGCUCGUGGAUCUCUUAUCGCUGUGUAGAGUUUGCGCCAAUAAAGUCAGAAUGGGAAACCAGGAAGGGAAACUCCAGGAUUUCAUGGAGGGUCAGGAGGUUCACCUUGGAGGUCAGAGUCUCAGUGGCACCAACGUUCUUCCCACAGGGCCUCCAGAGCAGAAGAAAGUUACAUCUAAGAGCAAAAAACUAAAGAAGCUGGGAGGCAAAAAACUGGACAGUGCUGAGGAUUUUCUGCACAACAAGAUAAAGAAGAAAGUUUCAAGUGGAACUUUAUCAAAUGAGCUUCCAUCUCAAAACGGUUUGUCUAAAUCUUCAACCUCAAAAGUGAAACAGAUCCCAGGUGCUUCUUCAUCUGUCCACGUCUCUGACAGCUCAGUCACCGGCUCUUACGUCAGUGCUGUCAGUAACCCCAUCCUCCCCAUGGAAGAACCCUUCCAAAUCGGGCGGGAGGGUUGGGACUUCAUGGAGGAUAAUCGUGCUUUUGAUCCUGACAUGGAUUUCUACACUGACUUCUCUGAGUAUGACGGGGAGCUGGGUUACGAGUCAUCAUUUUGCAGCCUGAUGGAGGGUCUGACCCGACGAGAAAGUGGCAGCAACCUUCGACCAAUUAAAAUGUUUGAUUCUUUAGAUGAGACUCUAUCUGACAAUGCAUCAACUGCAAAAGAAAUCAGCGUGGAUAAUCCAGGAGUCAGGGUGGUGGCCAAAGUACAGGAAGUGGAAGGGAGACUGCACCAUGUCAAUCAUACAAGCCUAGACAUGGAAGGGCCGUCCAUGGUAAAUCCGGGGCCCAGUAACUGUAAGCAGGCGUAUGGCAAGUGGAAAGGAACAAAUCAAGGGGAUGUCAAUAGAGAAAAGACAAGUCGAAAACUUUCUGAAGGGCUACGGCUGCCUCUGUCCCACACAAACGAACCUCACUCUACCAAAUCUCAUCUAAAGAGCCCCUCUUCACCCUCUCUCGCUGGUGUUUUUAACACUUCCUUCCCUGCCUCUAACAGCCUUCAGAGCAUGUCCCCACUGUCCUCCAAGCACACAAGCCCACAGCUAAACCACCGCAUCGUGCUGCUCUCGGAUAAGGAUGUAGACGCCGAGCAAGACAGCUCCAGCAACACAGAUGAGUCUAAAAUCUUCACAGAGGUUAUUGACAAGAACGGCAACAAACGCACCAUCACCCGUCUGGAUUUGAACCUCAGCAGGCGGCCGAGCAGCACCAAGUGGAACUCCUCCAGCAACUCCACAACAACAGGUGAGCUAUUAGAUCUUACAAUGUUCCUGUUUGAACAGUGGCACUUUCAUCAUCCUAGGAGUGUGAAACAGCUGUCAACACACACCCUUCAUCUGGCAGGUGCUGGAUUUCAAAAAGCAGAACAAGAAAAGGAUUUCUUGAGAGUGUGUGUGUUAAGACCUGCUGCCUCAGGUGGUUUUUUAAAAUACCCUAGAAAUCUUCAACCCAACGUUGUUUCUUCUGAAUAUUUUCCUAGCAAUGUUUUUAAGUCUGAAUAUCAUCCAGCCCAGCCAAUGAGUCUGAUUUUGCACAGAAUGUCUCCUGUAGUCUAGUUUUGGACUGCUGUGGCCAAGAUGUGUGACCACAAAUUAAAAGCUACCCAACAGAGUUGCACAAAGGGGCAACCAGGACCCUGAGAAUAGCAGAGAUUAGCUUGAGUGUCUCAGAUCAAAGGCUCAGAGUUGACACAGAGUUUGACCUGAUCAGGCUUCUUACGAGCGCCUUGUUAACUGAAGCAUUGCCAAUUUGGAUGUCCAGUGAUCUACUGCCCCUCCCUUUUAAAAUCCACAUCCAGUUCACAGCAAACUGACAAAGGAUUAGGGACCAAGCAGGCUCAAGGGUAUAAGUCUUUUUGCAAGACUGUUUCCCUUACCUUUAUCUUACGCCAGCAGUGAUAGAAUAAGUUGUGUAAAUGGUUUAACACACUUAUAAAAUACACACUUAAGGCUCGAAGUUUAUGACCUUUUGCUUCUCCAUCAGUAAGCAAAGUUAAUGCUUGGGCUUGAGGCUGCAACAUCAUUGCAGUAGCUUACUCUGCAUUGUUGUUAAUCAUCCUUUCAGCCGUACUGACACAAUCUUAGUUUCAUUCUGUACUGAAAACAGACCGCUCUGCAUUGAUUAUGGGCAGUUUGACCCCCAAUCACUGAGCGACAGUGUAUUUUUAGUGAUCCUCCAGAGUUUGUAAUUUGUUAUAUCAUAGAGAAGCACCAGCUGAACACAUACAGGACAUCCAGAAAUGCUGAGCUCAGCAGCAGCUGGAGGGUGAAGGAGAGCUGAGCUGUGUGAAGCUAAGCUAAGCUAACAGUAGACAGGGCCCAGUGUUUACGACCCGGCUUUGCUCAUGUUGAUGAAUUGGAUCAAUCCUCACUGAAAUUAAACCAACCCUGUUGGUCCUCACUUAGGCAUGCACACACAAAGAUGCAGUCACUAGCACACACCCACACGUUUUAGAUCGCUCCUCUUUGUUAUGAAAUCAAAAGCUAUUUUUAAUUUCCUGAGCAUGGCUUCAGAAAAAUGUACUGAUCCUUUUUCAGAUGUGCUGGUGUGUCAUUAUGACCCAUAAUCUGCUUGUAUGAAACCCUAACAACCAUGUCCACUAACAUUGUUACUACCCUGAUGUUUCAUAUUGCACAAGCUUAAACCUCAAUCUCUAAAAAAAAGCCUCUAAUCAAUUCCGCUGCAUUUUGGCGCUUUUCUUUGAUUGUCCUUGUGUUGCUUGAUAAUUGAGCGCGCUUCAGAUGUAAACACAGAUAAACAGACAUCACAGGGUCCAGCUGGAAGGACUAAGUGGGUCAUUGUGAAGCUGGGUUCUUCAUGGCUUGCAAAUGCUGUACUAAUUAUGCGGGCUCUCUAAUCUCCCAGACUUUUAGUGCUUAUUAAUGGAUGCGAUUAUUAUGCUGAUAGGAAUGGUUGUUUUGAAGUUAUUAAUGAUCUUAUUUGCUUCAUGCGCUAAUGCGGUUAUGUCACAGUCUGUAACCUUACUAAAGGUGCGAGGCUAUGUGUGUGGGAAAUAUGUGUGUAGCUGCAGUAGUAGCUAACAAAGGCCGUUAAAUAUGUGCAGGCUAUAUCUUUUAGCUAAUAAAAUCAAGCUAGAACACAAUAUUUUAGCAACUGUUUGAGAUGGAAUGUAAACAUUUUCAGAAAACUUAUUUUUAUGCAUCUAUCAGGGACGUAGCAACAUUAGCAUUAGUCUAAAGUUGUUAUUGCGGCUUCCUACCAGUUUAAGGACAUAUUUGGCUCUUAAAUGUUGAAUUUUCCACUAUUUUCUCGUCAGUCACUAAAUAGUAGCAUUCCUAGUAGAUUUUUUAUCCUUUUAUAUGGUCUAUGACCAAAAACAGAUUUCUGAAUGGUGAUACUGAGCCAAGGAAAUCCCCUGGUGAAGAGCCUGAGACCAAAACAGUGAGCUGUACAAAUACUACAGAGCUCUAAGGAGCUACAGUCGAACCACUAUCACUAAUAGUGUCCCAUGUCCCAUUGAACUUGGUGAUUUGGUCUGGUUGUAGUUUGAAAAUACUGAGUACAGUUGCUGUAAAAAUAAAUCUCUAUUUUUGACCCAUCAGUCACUCUUUCUCCCUUUUAUUGUCGAGCAUAUGCCUGGCAAUACCAUAAUCAGAUUACUCAAAAGGAUCCAGCAAGGUCAUAUGGAACUGAUCAGUGCAGCGCAAGAGUGCUUCUCCCUGCUUCCCCUGCUAGCUGUCAGUCAACACAAAAUACCCCGCUAUGCAACAAUGUUCCUACCGACAAGAACAAGCGCCAGCUCUGUCCCGAUAAUGAAGUGGAUUCUGCCAAAACAGGCUAAGAGCGUGUCCCUCCCAGUCUGUCUCACACUGUUGCUCUUAGCUUCAUUCUGCAUUCAGAGGAACAGAGCACAAAGGUCCUCCUUGUAUAACAAGUAACUUGUUUUCUUUAAUAAAUGACCUCAAUACCAACAUAGUGGUAAAUGUUAGCUAUCCCACUCAUGCGUCUUGGUACGGGCCGGCAUCCAGUAACAGGUUUCUACAUAAUGUUUCACUGUUUCAGACUGGAGCAAAUUUAGCAAAAUUUCCUACCACUCCGUAAUCUGCCAGGCUCAAUAAAAGCUCAGCCUCCUCAUCCUCAGCCCCGUAUAAACCAGUCAGACUGUAGAGCUACAUUUCCAGUGACUAACGGUGAGUCUGUGGGAACCAUGUCAAGCUACAUUACCACUGUGGCCCUCAGAGCAUCACAGCACUCUUCCACAAGCUUCCAAGCUGCUGCUGCCCUCUACAUGGGCUUUAAAACUGACAGCUAAACCAUUAAGUCUAUCAGUCAGCCUGACAGCCAUACAGCCACUAACCCAGAAGGAUGCUAAAACUAAUGGGUGAUUUGAAAGUCCUGCAUUUUCAUGAUUAAUGUAAAAAUCUAUGAUCCUCCAGUCUGGCCAAAAGUGAUAAAGGGUGGGAGUCUGAGCCUGACGGAUACACUAAACAUGCCACAUGGCCCCAUUUUUUUCUACUUUGACUGAUGGGUUAAUAGGUUUUGAGUGGCUGAAAUAUGGCAUGCUGUUUGAGUGACUGUAAUAAGAGAAAUAAGGGUAUGUAUGAGAGGGAGGGGUUGGACUGUUUGGCCUGCAUGUUUUGCACAAAAGUGCAGCAUGUACUGGCAUCAUAGUGGAGUUUUGCACCAGGAUUACCAGGUCUGUGUUUGAUACAAACAGUAUUGACUUGCAAGAACGUUGUCAAGAGAAAAGAAGUGUUUUACUUUAAUACACAAUCAAAUGCAAAAAUAAAAAAAACAUACUUCAAAGUGCAACCAAAAGUCUCCUCUUGGACUGGCAUGGUAUUUCUCAAGUUACUACACUGCGUUCCAAAUUAUUAUGCAAUAUAUAUUAUAUAUUUUUAUCAGAUUUUCUAAAUUGCCAAUGCAAAUGACAGUCAGCAUAAUUUUCAAGUCCUUAACCGUUACAGUAUAAUUUAAAUGUUAUUGAACAAACCUCCCAAUGAUAACAGUAUUUUUUUCAAAAAGGUUGUGUUUCUGGGCCCACUGCAACCGUUUCUGCUUGUGAAAUUUUUUUUAGGGGUGGCCAUAUAGAAGGUUGAUGCAUGACUGCAAGCCUCUGGAGGAUCCUACAGUUUGAUGUUCGGGGACUCCAGAGACAUCAGCAGCUUCAAAUAUCUGUUUGCUGCUUUGUAAUGGCAUUUUAGCAGCUGUUCUCUUAAUCCGAUGUGUUUGUCUGACAGAAACCUUCCUCAUUGUGCCUUUAUCUGCACAAACCCGUGUGUGCUCUAAAUCAGCCACAAAUCUCUGAUUAUAAGUUUUCGUGAAAUAUUUAAGGUUUUCAUACCUUGAUCAAGGCAUUCAACUAUUUCAUGCUUUUCAGCAGCAGAGAGAUCCUUUUUCUUUCCCAUAUUGCUUGAAAAUGGUGGACUGCUUAAUAAUGUGGAACGCUUUUUCCCUUACCUGGGCUCACCUGACAAACUAAUUACCACAGGUGUCUGAGAUUGAUUUCAGUGAUCCAAAGAGCCCUGAGACACAGUACCAUCCAUGAGUUUAAUCGAAAAACAAAAAAUAUAACCUGUAUGACACUUACAGACAAUUUGCAUAAUAAUUUGGAAUGCAGUGUAUUUAGACAGUAAACAAAGGUAGCAGGAGCUACCUGUCACAGGAAGCCCCAGAAAGCUGACUGAUGCCUCCUAUAGAUCAGUAGAUUUAAACAGACUGAUUAGGGCCCGAGCGUAGCUGCUAAGCAGCUGCGAGAGCCCUCUUGUUCCUGAUGGAUUCUUCUUUCGUUAUUUUUCCUCCGCUUUAAACUGGAAAAUGGCCCACUUCCCACUGGCGAAAACUCAGGAAAUUUGGCAGGACGACCGGGCCUGGUGAAAAAUUCGAUAUUCUGAAGUCGCCCAAACAAAAAAAUGAAAAAUGGCUCCAUAGCGCCCCCUAUGGUGAAAACUCACCUGACGCCUGUACGCUUUGUCAAAAUGACACAAAAAUUGACACACAUGUGUAUCUCAAUAAGAUCUACAAAAAAGUCAGUGCGGGCGUAUCUGUCAAAUGUACCGUUAAAGGGCUAUUUCGCAUUUUUUGCCGAUCCGCACACAUUGGAAUUUCGCUAACUCCUCCGAAGGCUUUCCUUCCACCGGCACCAAAUUUGCUCAGGCCAAUCUACACCCCAUGGCCAUUAAAAGUUGUACAAAUCAUGACGCUGCACCCCACGGUUUAGGUUCUAGGGGGCGCCAAAGAUAACCCAAAAAGCCACAUUCUUAAAAGUCUUAUAACUUUUUAUUUUUGUCCUCACUGGCCCCCAAGUUUUCUAGGAUGAUGCAAUGUCCAGCCAUCAACACAUUUGUGAAGAAAUUUUUACUCCCCAAAAGAGCGCCCCCCCAUGGCAGUAGAAAAAAGUCCAUUUUUUCUUGUCCCCUAAGGUGAAAAUACACAUUGUUGAGUGUCACGCCUAAACGCUUUGUCAUAUUGACACAAAAUUUGACAAUCAUGUGUAUCUCAAUAAGAUCUACGAAAAAGUCAAAGAGCGCGUAUCUGUAUAAUGUACGGUAAAAGGGCUAUUUUGCAUUUUUUGCCGAUCCGCACACAUUGGAAUUUCACUAACUCCUCCGAAGGCUUUCAUUCCACCGACACCAAAUUUGCUCAGGCCAAUCUACACCCCAUGGCCAUUAAAAGUUGUACAAAUCAUGAUGCUGCACCCCACGGUUUACGUUCUAGGGGGCGCCAAAGAUGACCCAAAUAUCCACAUUCUUAAAAGUCUUAUAACUUUUUAUUUUUGUCCUCACUGGCCUCCAAGUUUUCUUGGACGAUGCAAUGUCCAGCCAUCAACACAUUUGUGAAGGAAUUUUUACUCCCCAAAAGAGCGCCCCCCCAUGGCAGGAGAAAAAAGUCCAUUUUUUCUUGUCCCCUAAGGUGAAAAUACGCACUGUUGAGUGUCACGCCUGUACGCUUUGUCAAAAUGACACAAAAAUUGACACACACAUGUAUCUCAAUAAGAUCUACGAAAAAGUCAAUGCACGCGUAUCUGUCAAAUGUACGGUUAAAGGGUUAUUCCGCAUUUUUUGCUGAUCCGCACACAUUGGAAUGUGGCUAACUCCUCUGAAGGCUUUCGUUCCAUCGGCACCAAAUUUGCUCAGGCCAAUCUACACCCCAUGGCCAUUAAAAGUUAUUCAAAUCAUGACGCUGCACCCCACGGUUUACGUUCUAGGGGGCGCCAAAGAUGACACAAAUAUCCACAUAUUUCAAAGUCUUAUAACUUUUUAUUUUCGUCCUCACUGGCCUCCAAGUUUUCUAGGAUGAUGCAAUGUCCAAAUAUCCACAUUCUUAAAAGAAUCUACAUCCCCCCCCCAUCCCCCAAGUUUUUCCUGCCCAUCACUCAAUGGCUCAAUCGCAUCGCUCUCCCGGCAACACCGUAAUGAGGAGCAACUUGCCGUUUGGAUAUAUCCUAGCUGUGUUUGUGCCCUCACUCAUGGUCCAGACUUUUUUCAAAUAGGACAUGUAGUUUGUCUGCAGCGAGUGUUUUGGUAGAAACUGCGCCUCCCAUUCAUUAUAAUGGGAAAUGACCACAGACAAGUGCGCACACCAUCUUUGGACCUUGAGUGUGACGCGAUCGGGAGGGGGAGGCGGUCGCGCUGGGGGCGGCUCGACGCGGCUCGGGCCCGACAGUGCCCCACCGGGGCCCUAGUUUCAAGAUUGUUUUUGUGAAUUUCCAAGAAAUGGUGAAGAAGUCAUGAUACUUGUUUGAAACUGAACAGGACUGCAGUCAGGGGUGUCAGGGAUUGCCCCAAAGGUCUCUACUAUGAUUUGCUAAUAGCUUUGUUAGAGUACAGAUUUAUGUCAAAACCAAAAGGUUGGACUGUAGUUUGGGACAGGGCUUGCUGUCUUUUGUUGGUAUUAACAAUUUUAGAAAAGUACUUCACACAUCUAUUUCAUUAAACAGCUGCACAGAAGAGGUUGAGUCUGCAAAAAUCUGCAAACCAAACCCCUGCACACUGUCUAAAAUCAAUAUUUUAGGCAAUAUUUUGGUGGGAUUAUGAACAAAUGUCAUUUUGAAGGACAGUAAAGAACUUUCCUUGCAUUUUAAAGUACUUUGGAUUGGGACUUAAAGUCCUUAAGAGUUUAGCUUUAAUUUGCUUCAAUUGAUAUGUUGCUGCUCUACUGUAUUAUCCAAGUUCCUGAAGUCUAUAGGAGAGUCAUUAUGCAAGUUCAAUCAAGCAUUUAUUUAACUCUGAAGUAACUGGAAUGAUGAAGGGGUCAACAACAUUUGAAUAUCAGGUAUUAGUUUAUACCAUAUGUGACAAUUUGUAAAGGAAAAAAAACUGUACUAGAAAUAGUUCAAGAUUUGUUGUGAUUUCAGAGAGCUUUUAGGUUUUAAAGAUCAACUUUGUGUUGCAGUGUUUGAUUUCUUGUGUACAGUGACAGCCAGAGUGACAGGUGGAUUAAUCCAUCACCAGGAAUAACACCCACCUGCCAGGAUCAGACAUGAGAUGUGUUUCUGAGCUGCCUAGGACAGAGUUAUUCCUCUGCCGAAACAUUAAUGCCAACGUUGGCACAUGAACGCCGAAUCUGUCUGACAGCUGCUCACUCACACGCCGUGAUUUACACUGUCAGAUCACUGAACUGUCAAUCAACGCCCGUCUGUUUGCUCUAAGAAAAAAAAGGCACCUGUGUGCACUUGAGAUGUCUUAAAGUCUCUAUGAAAGUACAGUGAUAUCACUUCACUACAGGGCAGUGUUGGGGAGCAGUACUUGUUUUGAAGGAUGGAUGCUGAGUUGAGUUGGAAUUAUAUAGUUAGCCCUGCAUUAAACAGCACAAUCCCAUCUGCAGCUGUGUCCCCUCUAUUAUGGAUGGACACUGUGAUUGAGUCCUGAGCUAGCUUUUAGAGCAGCAGGGAGGGAGAUUAAAAUGCAAUAAGCUCACAAUUUUCCUCAGAGCUAAGCUCACUGUGUGUGCAUGCAGACUAGCCUAGUGCCAUUACAUAAUGCAUUUAAAUGUUGCUUCUCAAUAUCUGUUUACUGUCAUUGCAUGGCAGUGAUUUCAUAUCUUAACCACGGCUCAUUUAGAGUAUGCAGCAGGACAGAGAGCUUCACUGCAGCGUGUUUGACAACAGGCAAAAUGACAUGCAUUUCCCUGCCUCCCCAUGUGAGGGCAGUGUGGGUCAACUUGUGCAUAUUUUAAUCAUUAACUCUGUGGCUGUUAAUCAGGGUGCAUACAUAGAAGUAUUCAGUGGAAAGACAAUUUUUGCUAGUCAUUAAAUGCUACAGCAAAAAGGCACUUACUGUUGUUCGUGCUGUUUGCUUCAUGUAAUUAAUAAUUUAGUCACCACAAGGAGUUGUUGAGAGAGCUGUUUCUGAUCAGCCAUGUCUUUUCUUGGCAUGCACUCAGCCUAACUCUGCAAUUGGAAAAGGCCCAGGCAACAGUCAGCAGUUCCCACUGCAGGCCCGUGCAGCACUGCAUUAUGAUAAUGAAAAGUUAUUAAUCUAAUCCUGUUUUUUUCUGCUGUCCAAGUCUGAGAUAACUGGAGGGACUGCGGGUGCUGCUGCUGCUCUUUCCUAAUGACUGAUAGUGAUUGAAGCUGAAUUUCAAUGCUUCCAUUUUUUUUAACAAAGCACCCCCCACCCACCCCCUCCUCUUCUGUAGUCUCUCAUAACUGAAUUAAAAGCAUUUGGCUGGGGCUCAGACUCUGUGAAGCUGCACAGGGGAACUUCCAAGUCCUGCUGGGCAGUAUUGCAGGGAUACUGAAUGCUCUUUUCAAGGAUACUCACGGCAGAGGAAGGUUAGCAGGUUAUUGAACAGAAAGUGACAUGCCUUUUUCUUGUGUUUUCAGCUCAGAUUUCUGCUCAAGGUGCUCAAGGUGUUGUCUUACAGCUGGAGGAAAUUGAGGUCAUCUCGCCCCAAGAUACAUUCCCAUCCCCCUUCUCAGUCCCACUUUGUUCUCUCCUCCCUCUUCACCUUCUUUUCAUCCUCCAUAAUCUUUCACUUCCCUCAUGGUUAUCUCCAAAUCUAUGCUAUUUUCUUUCUGCGUGACUUGAUAGGUAAUGAAUCAAGGCAUGAUUUAUCAUGUUUCUAUACAUGUGAGAGGAAUGUGAAAGCAACUACUCCUCUCUAGCAUCAGCAGCAGAGCUUCUUUCCUGGUUCCUGAUGUUAAUUCCAUGUGAUUUGCUCAGGGGCCUUACACAUGGGGAAGGCUGUGUCUGCAGUGUCACUGAGCACUAAAUAUUAAAGGCCUGAUGCUCUAAAAAGCAAAAAGCAAUCUUCUCCUGCUUACUGCUGCAGACCUUUUGAUAUGAAAUCACCUCGUUUAAGCAUAUUGUUCAGCAUCUUUCAUCAUAAUUUUUUCUCAUUAUCCUCUGCGUGAGUGCCUGGCCAGAAGAAAGCAUAGUUUUUUUGUAAAUAGAUGGCUAAAGGCACACCCAUCAGCCUCCAGCUUCAGUGUAGCACAGUGUUACUGCUGAACAACAGCAUAGUACACAUUUCUUGAGCACAAAUCAAUACCAGUCUGUGGUAUUUGCUUUUUGAGGCCAGUGCUCUCUGGUCAUUUUUACAUUUACUGGAUCAGUGUGGCUCUCUGCUGGUGAUGAUAAAUGGAACUGGGCCGGUUAAGUGCAGAUAAAAAUAGCCGCGUGCCCUCAAGCCUCCAGCAAGCUAGGGUCUCAGUCUCUCUGCCAGCUUGAUGCUGAAAGGCUCUGAAGUCUGUUUCCUAACUCACUCAGUUUUACUUACCUGCGCAGGUGACACAGGAACACAUUUAGCCUCAGCCAAAGCUGCUGAAGUCGCCUUGACACAACUUUCGUGCUGGAGUGUUUUUUUAGAUGUGCACAAACAUAUCAGUAGUUAGCCUCAUAUGUAUGCCUUUUGUAAGGUCUUGGCUUUGAAAACAGCUUUGGCUAUAUAGUUACUUUUGCUUUUAUAGUAUAAAUCCCACCCAAAUGUAUUUCCAACCGGUUCAUUUUUUUUCACAUCAUGCUGUCUUAAAGCUCUUGUAAGGGACUUUCUCUAUGUACCAAUGUUAGCGCCCCUUGUGGAUAUCUCAAAUAAUGCUGCUCAUUUUGGCCUGUAUAAAUCUGUGUUGUCAAGUUAUCUGUUCCAGGAUAGCUAUUCUGUUAAAAACUCAUCGCAGGAGCUUUGAGAAAUAACUUUGUUUUUUUAUUUUUUUUUAAUUGUGUGUUUGUAUAGAGGACUCCCUCCUUCGUCAGGACGAUAUUUGGAUGCUGGACGGCGAUGACCCUCAGGAGCCUCUGUCCCGUGUUCCUCGCCCAGAUCACCUGGACUUCCUUCGAAUCACACCGCCUGAGGAUGACAUCAUUGGGGACACACCUUAUAUUCCCAAACUGGAGUGCACGGUGAGGAACUUCAGACAUGAGCUGCACAAACACACAGAGAUUAAAAUGAGCUGUAACGCAUGUUUUCACUUUGAGAAGAUUGCACCUGUGGUUUUCUCACCCUCACAUUUUUCUCCACUCGACCAUUCAACCACCUGAUCGCCCAUUCUUAGAAAACAGAUUAACAGGUCAGGGAUUAUUAUCUGCAGGCUGGGGUCUUAAGACAAAACUGACUAAGAUCAUUUCACUCCAGCCUCUCAAAAUCUCUCCCUCUCUUCUACCACUUUUCAGUGUUGUCUGCAAUUGUGGAUCGUUAGUGAUUUUACAUUGUUAUUAUGAUGUUAUUAUUAUUCUGUUGCAGAGCAUGUGACCGAUUUAAUCCCAUUGUAUUGUAUGAUCUCCAUCUUAAAAAAAAAGCAAGAGCAAACAAUGUAUUGUUUGUUUCCAGCUGUUUGUUGGUUUUUAUUCAAACAAGUAAAACUAUUUGCAUAACAUCAUCCAAUAAGAAGCUGCAAAAAACAGUUUGUAAGCCCGUCCAAAUUCCAUCAUGCCAUCUAGCAUUCCUGUGUCAGAUGAGGCAAAUUACUUAGGUGUGGUUUAAGGCGGGUUGUGUAUCAACCCAAGCAAUGCAUUGUGUUCCCAAGACACAAUAACUGCCCUGACUGUGAGCAUAAUAAUCUAACAUACCAGUUUAAAGGCCAUGCUAGACAGAAUUAGACACUACGUUUUGUUAUGAAAGUGUCAGCCAGCUCCUGUACUUGGGUGUAACAUGUUUCCAUUGUCAUUAUCAUCCAUUCAUUUCUUGGAAAAAGACAGGAAGUGAUUUGUCAGAAAAGAUUAAAAACAAACAGCAGUUUAGAAUGACCACCUCACCUCUGUUGGAUUGCUGUUUUAUUUUGCAUAGUAUUCAAAUGACUACAACAUUAAAAUGAAACACUUCAAGUCUACAUGUGCCAUCCUUUGUCCAUCAGUGGUUUCCUCUUUCUAGUACAAACCCCGCGGAGGAUUUACUUUCUGUGCAUGAAAAGCCACUGCCAUUACAUAACUUAAUUCCUCACACACAAGCCCCUUGCCUAUUUGUGGCUGAGGGCAGAAAUAAUCACUAGCUGGGGAUUGCUAUCACAAAUAUUUUUUUCCCAUAGGGAUGAUUAUUUCAUAAAAUUGUCCACUAUUCUGGGUUUCUAUUUAGUGAUUCCUAUCAAAUUCUGCUAAAAAUACAUCUCCCAUAGAUUUUAAACAACCAUUAAUUUAUGAAUUAGCAGUGAUAACAAGCCCUGCUUUUUGGUGGAGACAAUACUUUCCUCAUGUAUGUGACCUAAAGGAGUCAUAAAUAAGAUUGAAAACCUUUUUAAAAUCACAGUGCAGUGGUUGUGUACCCUCUGACUGCUCGGUAUUCAUUAAAAAAGUUUAAAGGAAUGUGUGACCGUUGUUGCUAAGGGGAACAACAGGCCAAAGACUGCUGUGUUUCCCCCUGUUUUCAGACAUCAAGAAUAAGCCUCACAAAAAUGUGGAUGAAACACUAAAAGUUUCUUCUCACUCUUUUUUUGUGUUAUCUUGUGAGCUAUUUUUAUACUUAUUUAAUUGCUUUUGCUAGCCUGUGAAGUUAAGCUAACUUUAGCUUGUUCGAUCUUUAAAACUUCGAUCCCAAAGUCCACACUAAUUUAAAAUAAACUUUAUAUAAGAAAUUUGUUACUCUAACAAAAUCAUUUCCUCUGCUUUUUAAUUUAUUUUCUGGAAUUUUUCACAGAAACUCUUUGGCAGUAAUUUUGGCUGUAUUAGCUUGUAAAUUAAUCUCUCUCCAUCUUUCCACCAAAGAGCAGGCUCAGUUAAGAAUAAAUAGUAAAAUGAUUUUACGCUUCAAAAGAUUUUUUUUUUUUUUUCUGCUUUUUCUUUUUCACAAAUAAACUCUUUUUCCACUCUUGCAAUAUUUUGUGGGGUAGCUAGUUAAAUUCAGUUUAUGCCAGCUUGGACACUUUUAUCCUAAAAUAAAGUUACCUUUACAACUUGACCUCCAUUUUGAAUCAAACGAACUAUUAGUGUGGAGUAUAAAGAGGCUUAAGGUAAGUGUGUUAAAACUUAGCUUAUUAUUUUCCACCUAAAUGAAUCCCUGUUCUGUCUCAGUGUUCAUGAGCUGCUUAUCACUCACAUUAGCCCUAUAGCAUGUUAGCUGAAGCUGACUGGGUUCAGGCUGCCUAAUCACCUUGCCUUAAGCCCCGGGCGUCUUUAGCUCACAGACCUGCUCAGCUCUCCACCUGACCACAGACCGUCAUGACCCGCCCUCUGUGUUUGCUCUGUUACCUCAGCAGCCAUUUUAUGGAAGUAAUCAGACACCUGCAGUGCUGGGAUCUGCAGGUUCCCUCCCAGGAAGGGAGGGACCUAAAGGGAGGCGUCCCCAGACCGGGUAGACCAGUGAGACACAUUUUUUUUCUAAUCUAAGUGUUUUUUUUUCCUCCCCACACUACACCAGCACAGAGGGGGUUUCCUGUUAACUGAGCAACAAGUUAAAGCUAAACUGACAAAAAUCCAGAAGAUCUGUUUAGUUAUGGGUGUCAGGCUGUGAAACCGGUGCAGGACAACAUGACUAAACUUGUGGAUAUAAACGCCCAACUUGUUGGAACAGUUGGAAAUGCUUAAGUGAGAGGCAGGUGAACUCUGUUCUCCCAGGGAGAUUACAGCGGGACAUGCUUCCAGCCACUGAGCAGCUGGCUCACAGCGUCAUGGGAAUAUUGCUCUCACAGAGGACACUCAACUGUACUACUCACAACAGACUGUUCAGCUGGUAGUUUCUUUGUUUGACACUAUGAGAACCGACUUUACACUACCUUGUUUUCCUGGUUAGUUUGACACAGAAAGGCUGGAUAGUUUUAUUUGGCACCCCCCUGGAGAGAGGUAAGAGGGGAGCUGGGGAGAUUUGUCCAUACAAAGACCUUUUGUUUCCAGCUGGCUGUAGAAGGGGAAUCCAAGCAGCCUGGAGGUGGGGGACGAAUCGUUUUUGUGACAUUUUCAACGGACACUUUUCUGCAGUUUCUCCCAGUAUUAGAUUACUUCUUUUUUCUCUCACCUGGUGAUAUACUUGGGCAGAAAAAUGGACUGCACAAGUCCCAAUCCAGAGGGCUUGGUAAAGCAGCCCACUACUCUAAUGAAUGUCUUCAGUGGUAUCUUUGGUCUUAAUAGACCUGAAGAUACAAACCCAGCUGUGCUGGUUGGAUUCAAGGACCUGCCAGACGAGGAGGAGGAGGAACCUUCUUCUGAAGACAAUCAGAUGACCAAUGGGCUUCAAGAAGCCAAAGAACUAAUUGAGGAUAAUAAGGGUGCCGCCUGUGAAACAGAGCAGAAGGCUGACUCAGCAGAAACCUACGAGGAGUCUAGCAACCAAGUUAAAAGAGAGGCAAGAGCCUCCGCUGACCUAGAUCUGGUCCAAGUCACCAGGGUGGAAACAUACAGCGACACGGAGGAUGAGGAGGCCGCACACAGCAGGACUAGCAUGUCGGAGGACAAAAGUAAAGAGGACCCUGGUGAUGGAGAUGAGCCAAAAGAUGAGGCUGAGUAUGAAGUACCUGUAUUUAGAACGCAUAAACUCCAGGAGAGAUCCCGCAUAGAAGAUAUUUUAAGUAAAACUCUGUCUAGGAAAUUAUUUUCAGAAUCAAAACAGGAAACUAAAGAGAUAAAGGACACCACUGCAGAAAACUCCAGAUCUGAUCCUGGAGAGACCAAGAGCACAGCAGAAAGCCCCAAACAGGAAGAGACAGAGGAGAGUAUCACCUGUGAGUCUGAAGGUGUAGAAACAUCUGCAGCUGGAGAGAGUCGUAGAGAAAAUGGUGGAACUGAUGAGAACAUGGAGGAGGUCAGUAUAGAUUGUUCCCUGCCUGUACCUUCUAUUGUACCCACAAAUAUUGCAGCCGUGGCCUCAUCUCCAAAUGACACAAAGGCUGUAGUUCAUGAACAAAUGGAGAGGAAACAAGAGCAUGAGGCUGGAGAUAAGGAGGAUACUCAGGAACCAUCAUCCAUUCAGGAGUCCUCUACGGCUCCCUCAAGCCCUAAGACUCCAGAGGUUUCAGUUCAAACUUCAUCCCCACAACAAGAACAGUCAGACUCCACUGAUACUCAAAAUCAAACCAAGACUGUGUCAUCUAAACCCGAUGCCUCCUCAAGUGACAUCAAGCAAAGUGCUAGCCCUGCCUCCCCACGCAAAGCUGCUCCAAAGACUCCAGAAACAAACAAGCCAUCCCCUUCCACUCCAUCUCCGUCCAGGGAUCUGACAUCUAGUUCCUCCCCGUCUUUCCAGAUGCCGGCUCUCUUCAGUGGGUUGCGGGUGCUGAAGAAAGGAGCGGUGGGUGAAGAAAGGGAGAUGGUAUCAGAGAUCAAGCAGAGGGAGAAGGAUGCUGAUCUGGCCCUACUUAGCCUGAAGAAGACGGUAAACAAAGCCAAGCUCUACACGGAUCAAAAAACUGCCACCCCAACUAAAAAACACACAGAUCCCAAAGCCGUUGCAGACACUAAAAGCACUGUCUUGGCACAGCUCAGUCACUUGCGCUCGGGAAACAACCGCAGUGAGUCCAAAAAGCCAAAGGACAAACUAAAGGCUGAUCCUGAAUCAAAGAAAGGGAUUUCAGAGACGGUAGAGGAGAAGAAAGAACCUAAAAGUCCUGGCCCAGAAUCGCUGGAAUCCCCAUCUGAGAUAAAGAAAACCUCUGACCUGGCAUAUGACACCUUCAAAAACUUAUUUGGCCCCAAAACUGUCAAAAAGGACAAAACUGAGGAUGUAGAUGUGGAGGCUGUGAAAAAGAAAAUCAAGAACGAUAAGGAAAACCUGAGGUCCAUUUUUGAGAGAACCGUCAGGUCCCCUUGCAGGGAGCACAGAAGCCCCACAGAAAUUCAUGUACGAAACUUAAAAUGUCCUCACCGCACUUUUAGUUUUUCUUUUUCUUUAUUCUGUAUCAUUAAAUAAGUUUUCUUCCCACAGACCGAGGUUAUAUCACCUACAGACAGUGAGGACAGGACUCCAGGGCGUCUUCAAGCUGUGUGGCCCCCACCCAAAACCAAAGAUGGAGAGGAGAAGGUGGGGCUGAAAUACACAGAGGCAGGUAAUAAGCUCAAGCUUUUGACGCUUUUGUCUGUAUUUACAUCUGAGAUUAAGAAUGCUGUAGGAGUAUAACACCAGUGAAGCCUAAACAGACACACCUUACACUGAUUCAUUUGUGUGUAAGAGUCAUCUGAGACAUAUCACUGGAUAGAUAUCACUGAAACACUGAUAUAUAUCACACUCUUAAGCGCUUUAACUGGGGGAGCAAGCUCAGUAUCAGCAGCACAGUGUCAGACAUCCUUUAAAUCCAUUAAGAACUUUAAUGCAGCUGUUUAUCAGGUUACUGUUUCAUGUCACCACAGGCUAGCACAGAGAAGUAACCUUUAAUGAAAUCAAGUUUACUCCGGGCAGCUUGCCAUGUCUGCCCACUUUGUGUUGUAAAGGUGUAGUGGCCCAGAGAGAGGUCAGAAGCACACUCAGGCUGUCACAGGGGUGAUUAAAUUACAAACUAAAAAGCCUCUCCUUCACGGUCCGAGUGCAGUGAAACUGUGUUGAUCACGCAUCCGCAGUUUACCUGAGAGCAGAGGAAACGCUGUUGUAUGUUUAUGCUGCUACACCCAAGAGAAUACAGAGAAGAGAUUUGCGCUCGUGGUUGAGAGAAAAGACUGUUGAAUUUGAGGAGUGGAGCAAAGGUCCUGACAGAUAGCUGUAUAGAUAAACCAACACGUGUACAUCUGUGUGUAAUGUAGCGAUCCAAACACUCAUGGCCUUAAGUUAGUGCACUGAUGAAAUGGAAAAAAACAUCACAGAUUACACAAUUCAGCAUAAACAAUCACAGCACCAUGUGUAUUAGUGCUGCCCGCCGUGUGUCAUUGCAAACAUGUAAGCAGUUUUAGAUUUGUGUUAUGACCUGGCAAAAUGUUUUGGCUGUCGUGUUAGCUGGCAGUAUGGUGUCAAACUGGUUGGCCGAGUUGUAAGUAUGUCUCUUUUAUUGUGAAGGUGACCCGCCCUUCUCUAAAAAAAUGUAACCACAAACAGCCGGACAUCUUGUAGGGAUGUUAUACGUCUUGCAAGUAACUCAUGAGUGAUUUACCACCCCAGCCUCAAAGCUAAUAACUCUAGAAAACGUAUUUAAUUCCCACCCUUUUCUCCUCAGCGAUACAUUCAAAAGAAUGGCAGCAAUAGGCUGUGAUUAUUGAACCCAGUGCACACCCAAGUGUUUGUUGAAUAAAUCACCGUUUGUGUGUCUUUGCUCUGCCUCUUUUCAGAGCACCAGGCUGCCCUCUUGCAGCUGAAGAGAGAGUGCAAGGAGGAGCUGGAGAGGAUGCAUGUGAGUAUUUAGUAGACGUAUAAAAACACUGAAUUGAAAAACAGAUUUCUCUAAAGAGUAGAUUAUUAGAAGGAGUCAAGUGAACACAUUUUAAAGUGAAAUAUUUAACAGGUAUUUGCAAAUUCAGCCCUUGGAAUUAAACGUUUUGCGUAUUUGAGUUGCAAUUGAGUUUCUUAAACACUAGAUGGCACUAAGUAAUUGUGAAAUACUCUAAUGUGGCAGCAGCUAAAUGACCAUCAGAAACUCUUAUGAGUGUUUCCUAUCAGCUGUGGUGGAGGGUACUUUAUUGCGAGGUAAACUUUUACAGUGUCCUUUGAAGGUGCACCAAACUAAAGCGAGUUUUUCUCUCUCCCUCUGAAUCAUGUUUUUAUUGAAAUUAUGUGUUUUUUUGGUAAUUGUUCAACUGUUUUGACUCAAAGUUCUUGAUUCUGGGCAUCCUUAUUUGUGGCGUUUACUUUUGUACAGUAAACCCUUCUUAAUUUGCGGUGCCUGCCCAUCCUCAUCUACACAAAUAAGCACAUAAUCUAAAACAAGUUACCAAAUCCAACAAGAUGAAAAGCACAGAAAGUCAUAUAGUGCUCCAAAUAUUUACACUGGCAGUAUAAAAUGUCCCCCUAGUACAAAAGAAUAAAAAAAGAUGAAUGACAAAUUGUAAAUAAACUGAAUUACACAACACUGGGAAUAGUUUCCUAUAAACAGAUAGGGGACGCCUGUUAGCUCGGCUCUGAUGGUAAAAAAAUGUCUGGGAAGCUAUCUUUAAGGUGAGGCUGCCAGCUGCUACAGGUGAGUUCAAUUCUACCAUAAGUCAUUAUAACGAACCCAAACGCUGAUGUCAGUGUAAGUGAGAAAUAUCAGCGCUUUACCAUUUUUGGGGAGCAACACACACACAUUUUCCCCGCCUGCAGCAGCUAAAAACAAGAUACAGUGGACUUGUCUUUUGGCUCCUGUGUCAGAUUACCAGUAUCCUGUAUGACAAAGCUUCAAACAAAGAAAUACUACUCCUUUGAUUUGAUUGGCUGUUACAAAUAUGAUAACCUAAAAAGCCAUUUAAGUUGUCAGCCGUGUUUUAUUGAUCAAAAGUAGAGGUAUUAACUUCACGUUCAUACCCUUCAUAACAAAUGGAGCACAUCGCUGGUCAUGUUUUGUAAUUUGUACCACUGAUGAGUUGCUGACCUCAAAAUGGGUUUCUCAGCCUGUCUCCUUUAAGCCUUUAAUUUGGUGUUGCCCUUUGAUGGACCGAUGCUGACACUGAGGAACAUGUAUUGCAGUCAACCCACAAAAAAGAGUGGGAACGUGCCUAAUUCUAUUUCUGCGCUGACACAAGCUAACCAGGAACAUCUGUAAGAUUUAUUGCAAAACAGUGCUCCUUCGGUCCCGGAUCAAUGCUUCACUUUGGUUUUGCCUUGUCAGAUUGUUUGAAUCCUCGAAGGAAACUAGAUCUUAAAGGCCGUUAAUGUGUAUUUUAGAAAGUUAACUCAGAUUGGGGGAAACAUGCUGGUAUACGGGCUUAAAUCUGUAAACAAAAAUAUGAUAUGAUAGUUCAUGCUAGUUCACAAAGAGCUCCUCUCAUAGAGGCCCCAUUGAGGAAUAAUUACACACUCAAUCCAAGUUCAUACGAGGAAACACAUUGUCCAGCACCUAUCCUGGUUUUAAUUUGCCUUAAGAAUGAAAAUGAAUAAAGUUUGUGAAACUUUUUCUUUCAAGGCGGACUUUGAAAUCAAGAUCUUUGAGCUGCGAGGGGAAAAUGCCGUCUCACUGUCACACCUGGAGGACGUCAUCGUCAAGAUGCAAAAAGACCGGAACUAUAACGCAGGCCUGGUGCGAGUUGGGGUCCGUGAUGUUGCUGUGUCUACCUCCGAUGAUCCUGUACCCAAGACCUGCCGCACUGUGGGGAUCCAGACGGACAGGGAGACCUUUAUCAAGAGCCCUGAGGGAGACCCGGGCGGGCUGGCACAAAGCCCCAGCCAAAACCUGCCCAAAAAACUCAACUUGGACUCAAUCGGACUAAAUAAAAAAGCUGAUACUUCCUCUGUACCUCCUGCUCCACCACCACCUCCUCCUCCACCUCCUGCCCCUCCCCCACCAGGCUUCUCUGGACCUCCACCACCACCAGCACCACCACCUCCUCCUCCCGCUCCCCCCUUACCAGGCAGCAUGGGAGGACCGCCACCACCUCCUCCACCACCACCACCACCUCCACCUCCUUUCUUUGGCGGUUGUCCACCUCCCCCACCAGCUCCACCUCCCCCUCCUGGCCCUCCUGGAGCUGGUCCUCCUCCACCUCCCCCUCCUCCACCAGGCUUUGGGGCUCCACCUCCUCCUCCUCCUAUGGGGGGCUUCGGUUUUGGCCACAAGGUGGAGAAGCCUCCGCGGAAACCUGCCAUUGAGCCGGCAUGUCCCAUGAAGCCUCUGUACUGGAACAGGAUUCAAAUACAGGACAACAAGUAUGUGCUAAAGAGACGACGUAACACACAGUAACAGUUAUCUGAAAUCAACCUAUAGAGUAUCUUCACACUGUUAGACAACUCCAGAUUUUACUGAGUGAGACGACCAUGAAGGAGAGAGGGUUUAAAGUUGCAGUAGUGGAAACUGUCCUCUCACUGCUGAUGGAGUUUUAAGCUUUGCUUGAGUGUAGCUGGGAAAACUAUGACAUAUUAUAGAUAUUACUGCUGCACCAGACUCUCUGUAAUUGUAAGUGGAUUAUCCGGCCCAUUUCCAGUGGCUGUGGUUGUUGCCUCAUAGUGCCAGUCUUCCAGCUUUAUGGCCUUGUAUUUUCAUGGCUGGAUUAGAGGGGGAAGCUGAGUUGUAGUUUGCACUCUUGCUGGUCUUGGCUAGUCCCUGACUGUCUGACUGACUGACUGACUGUCUAACGGCAGUUUCACGUCAGCUAUAAAUUAAACUGUAAAGGACCGAGUUAAAGGGCAUUAAAUGGGUCAGAUGUUUAACUGGAGUUGGAUCAGCUGUGAGAUCGCUGUUAAUGGAGUGAGGUUUCUGUGUUAUGAGGGGGGAACAGUGUAAGGUUUGAAAUUCUGCCAGGUGCGGCUAAUACAGAAAGUACAGUUGGCGGCAUGUGGGACAAACUUUCUUGGGAGGCCGGGAGAAGAGCUUAGAGGAAGAUUCAGAUUCAGUUAUAGUCACGACCUGCUCAAUUAGAAAGUUGUCUUGUAUGGAAUUAUUUCUUGGGGUUUUGAGAGUCAUUUUCUUUUCCGAGCUGAAUUCCUGCACAGUUGUGUUCACAGUCAAAGGGUGAUCAUUGGAGUAAUUUCCUUUAGUCUCUGGGGAAAAAAAUGGUGAAAAAUUAGAGGGGGCAUUUGGGGGCGGUAUUAUUAUAUCCUUAACAGAAAACCUCUUUCUGCUCCAAAAAGAUCUCCUCACCACUGCAAUGAGAGACUAAUGCAACCCCAACUGUACUUAUUUGACCCUAAAGCAGCUAAUGUUCAGAUAUUUCAGCUCCAGUAAGCCAGAGAGUGUUUGUGCUUUGAAUUCAGGUUUUCUUUUUCUUUGUAAAUGGGCCUUGACCUGGCAUAAUCUACUUGCCAGUCUCGUGAGACGAGAGGUAAAAUGAGUAAAAUAUGACCUGAGAAAACAGCUGCAACAUGUGAAAAGCAAAAGAAAGCCAAAGAGCAGACAUGUGCAGCGUAUUAAAGAUGUCAUCACCCUAAAAUUUAAGUUUUUUGUCAGUAAGCCUGUUGAUUAUGCUGCUAAUGUCCGUUUGAUUAUCAGAUUUAAGAAAAGCAAAGACAGAUGUUUCAGGCUGUAGCGAACAGAAAUGUAGACGUGUUAAAACAGCAGAGGGCUCAAGCUCCUGAACAUCCUCUUGACUUCAGUCACAGCCUGUUCUUAAAAUCUGCCUCUGUUUGUUAUUUUCCAUGUUACUCAGCAACUUCUAAAACACAGCAUCAUCUCCCGUAUCGGUCAUUUAUUAGAGGAACAAGCUUGUCUUAAACUUUUGUUAUUUUUAUCACAUAGCUCUUAAACAGUGCUUGUCAAAGCUGGGAAUCCGGUCGUCACUGCCAAGAUUUUGCAAGAUUGUGGAGUAAGAAAAUGAAAACUAGCAGGUUAAAGAAAUGAUUUAUGAUCUCCCAAAAGUAUUGCUCAUAUUUUGUUACAAGACCGGAAGUAACUCGAUUUGUUCCAGCCUGUAAAGUUUGCCAUAGACAAUACAUUUUGAUGCAAUAUAAAGCAGCAUGAAUAGAGUCACGUACUAAAAUUUAGUUUUUUUCCAGCAACAACACACUCUGGGGUUCCCUGGAGGAACCAAAAAUCUUCAACACCAACGAGUUUGAGGAUCUUUUCUCCAAAGCGACGCUGCAGCCCAAGAAGAAGCCCCUGUCAGACACCUAUGAGAAGAAAGCCAAAACAAAGAAGGUAAACUCAGUUUUCUUUAGUUUUUUUUUUCUCCUCCUGAGGUUGUUAACACGCUUUCUCUCAUCAGGCUUGCCAUGGACAGUCAUGAAUUAAAGGAGAAAUAUGAAAAGGCAAAAUAGGAAGAAAUAAAUCACAGCUAUUUGGGUUUUUUUCUUAACAGAAAACAAAGUGUAGUUAAAAUUAAAUGCUUGUGUAUAAGACUGAUCCACCUCUGGAGAUACUCUUGUUGGAGUCUUGUCCUCUGCUGCACCUGCCUUGUCAUCAUCCCGGUGCUGCUCACUGUGGUGCUCUUUCCCUCCAGUUUUUUUCUCCCUUAAGUAUGAGACAUAAAUGUCAAAUUCAUUUCAUCAAUCAAACAAGUUUCUUGAUAAUUUCUCUGUAAGUAUAGGGAGGUGGAGGACAUAAAUAAAAGCAACAACCAAGUUUGUGCUUAACCAUGUUAACAGUCCUCGAGGACACGCUUUGGUGUCGGAUUGAUCAACUCUUCCCCCAUCAGCAUACUGAAGACAAACCCGUUGACAUCUAAUGAAAUCCUGCAACCCUGCACCUCUGCUCCAGCCAGUGCCACGUCAGCAUCCUGGCCGCCUCACUGUGGCGUCCAAGCAGUUAAAAACCGGCCACUGUUCGAGACUGUCCCCUUUAAAUCCAUACAGCUCCCCUAUUCUGAUCAAUUGCUUAAGGCUCCUCUCUUCUCCAGAGGGCCACAAUGUGUGUGUGAUCUUCAAGCCUACAUCUCUCCACCCAGUCUGGUCACUCUGCAGCGUCAAACUGUCCAACAUUUGAUCCAACUCAGACGGCCACAUCCAGACACGAAUCCUUCCAACCGUCUCCCGUCUUUGCUUACAUCAGCUCGGAAGAUAAACUAAUGGAAAAACUGCUGAGACAAAUUCACAUCGGUUUAAAAACUCCAAGUCCAACACAACAUUUGGUGUUUUUUAUAGCCUUGAAAUCUAUGUUUAGACAUUUACGCUCAGUGCUUUUAUGAUACGGGAUUCUUAAGUUUAAUAAGAGGGUGUUCAGGGCCAAGCUAGAGCAUUCAGAGUCCAGCUCCAAGUGAAUAUGCAAAGGCAUGAUUGUUUUCAGUCCAAGUGGCUGGGGAGGUCGUCAUAAUAGAAGAACCAUGUUUACCCAAUAAUUUUUUGAUCCCUGGAAGUUUAUACUGUGAGUUAAAGAGAGGAGAGAUUAUUUAGGAGAGGAACCAUCUGAAUCAUCAGCUGGUGACCACUUCCAAGAAAUUCAGCUGGUUAAAUGUGGGGGAAGAGAGGAGGGGAGGCCAAAAAGGAAGGACAGAUUUCAACGAGGAGAUUAAGAGGACAGGAUCAGAGCGGGGAGAGCGACUACUGAUUUGGCAAGAGUGAAUCACAAAGGUGGACUGUAUCAAAAAGAAUACAUGCCUUAACCCUAAGGUUUUACUCAGAUUUUUGAACUCUAGCUCAUUUUUUUUUUUUUUAACACACUCAGCACUUAUUUUGCAAUUUGUAUUAGUAAAUCAUGAGUGUUGUGUUCCUUAUUCCCAGUUAAUAAGAGACUUGAGUAAGGCUUAUUUUCACCACUUGUAUUUACUGAAAAUGAACGUAGAGUCUCUGCAUCUCUGCGUCACCGCGCUCCGAUCCAGUUUUUCCAUCAGGGUACUUAAAAUAUAUAAAGUGGCUUCACUGAAGGACUCCAUGAGAGUGAUGAGAACGAGCUGACUCAACAUCCGUGGGCAUUACAUGACGCUCACAGCGAAGCCCACGUAACAUCCAAAAAUGGACACAGGUGUCAUGUUUAAUGUACAGGAUUUGGGGCACUAUUAUGAAUCACUAAAAAGAAACGUGUGACAUGGAGAGGUGAGGAAAGGACACAGUUUGUUGGUACAGAUUUUAGAAAAACUUUGAGACAUCAUUUAGAAUAACCAAGCGAUGGAGAACUGAUGUGUACCAAGGAUGUAUAAGAAAUCGCACUUCUUUACAGUGGCUGUUUCUGUUUCUAGGAUGCCUGAUGCUCCUUUGAGGAUUUUUUUGACAUUUGUGAAAAAGACCGAAAUUUGUCUUGGUGUCUUUUAAUAAUAUACAAUAUCAUCAGUGGAAGAUCGAAAUAUUUAUAUCCUUAUUUUUAUUGUCUGAAAUUGGUGCAAGGGGGUGGGUCCAUGCCUUGUAGCUAAAGAAACAGCACUGUAUGGGAGAUAUGGGAGACUUUUGUGGCACGCGCCGGACAGUUUUGGGGUUACCUUGUAUGGUGGAUAUGAGCUAGUUAUGAGAGUAUUUGUUAUUACAUUGCUCAUCCAAAUAAGUAUAAGUGAAGCUGCAUACUUUUUUGUUUUGUUUUAGCAAUAACAAAUGGUAAUGAAAACAUAAAAGUUAGGACAUGCCUUGAACUUAUUUAGUCCACUAAUUUCGGUGUUUAAGUCCUCAUAUGUUUUACAUGCUCUCCCGUAUGAGGCUCUCUGAACAUCUGUGUGCGCAAUACGGCUCUUUUAUCUGAAGCUGCCCUGAAGCAAGACUAUCAACAUAAAUAUUAUAUCUCACAUUUGGUUGUUUAAAUAUAGUUUACAGCUUAAACCGACCUGAAUCAUUCCAAAUUUUAAAGUAAAAGUAUUGAUCCAGUGUCUGUGAGGCUGAGCAGAAACACAGGACAAUCUUUGGUUGUCUGGAAACCUUAAAACUUUGGACAAAUAUACUGAUCUGAUUCAUGAAUGAACGUGGACCAUGCAAAGGGAGAUUCCAGGGAAAAAUGACAAUACAGGAGGUGGGUGGGAGAUAGAUCUACAAGACGGGAGAGUCCCGGGAAGAACGGGAGUAUUGGCAGGUAUGACUACAUUUGACCACCAGAAGUCAUCAGGAGGAGGUUGUUGUCAUGGAUGACUUCUCAAGCAUUUAGCAGACGAGAUGAAUAAAGAUGACUUUGUCACCAGGGGGCGCCAAAAUUGAAACAAACCAAAAGUUCCUGACAGGAGCUUUCAAUGUUAAACAAAACCGGAUGUCUUGCUGGAACAGAUUCCUUUUUUUUAAGUGACACAGCAACCAGAAUAAAAACAUGGAAAGUUAAAGGGAAACUAGACAACUUUAAGAGAUGAGAACAGUGAAAGAGUCACAGUUACGGAUGUUACACUCACCUGGAAAGUUUCCAUUAGCUCUGUUUAUGUGUCUCUGUGAAAGCAGUGUGUUUCAUUAUUAUUUGCGUCCGUGUUUCCCCUGAUCUGAUUGUGCUUUUUGUGUAUGUGCGUGUGUGUAGCCUGAACACACGUGUGAUGACGGCACGUCCUCCUGAGUCAUUAUGCACUUGCUCAGAAAGUGUUGCCAGAUCAUGCUAACACCACAGCCGGAGGGGAGGGGGAUUCUGUGUGAGGAGGUCUCAGGAGUAGAGGAGAUGAGUCUGGAAGAAAGGAAUUUGUGUGUACAUUAUGCAUAUGAGCCACUUCCUCACUCCACACGCCAAAAGUUGGAGCUCUGGGGAUACAGCCGAUGCCUACAUGAGCGGGUUAAUCUCUAUCAUGUGUGCCAUAGAAAAAUCAAAGCUCUUGUUUACUCUGCAGCCUUUCUCUAUGUGCGUAUUAGCAUAUCAAAGCAGAGGACAUGGAGGAGGGCAGACUGGACUGGACUGGACUGGACUAAGGGGUGUAAUUGCUGGCAUGUGGCUCCACUCCAAUCCAUCGGCUUGAGGAGGCAAUGAAGUUGAGGGCACCUAUAGGACCAGGAUGGGCAUGUCUGUGCAUUUCUGAUUGAGGGAUUAGAAGGGAGUAAGAGAUGGCUGAAGAUGAGGAAAUAAGUGAAGCUCAAAGUGCAAAUAUGCACAUCAGUAAACACAAAAAAGGCGAUUUCUUCUUCUCACAUAAAUCAAAUCUGAAUCAAGUUUACACAAAGCAGAUCUCCUUCAACAAACAGCAGCUUUAACUGGUUUAUGGGAAAUACUUAUGAGCAAUCGCAGAGCGUUUAUUAAAGACAUAUUUGAAGCUCUGGCUCUGGUGUUGGAGAGUGGGUGUAAGACUAACACGUCUGGGUGUAAAGUAGGUGGUUAUUGAUGGGAAGUCUUGUUGUAGUUGUUCUUGUAAAUCUGCUUAGGUGAUUUCAGAGAAAUGGUCAGACAGAGAGUCCAUGCAGAUCAGACUGGCUGUUCAGCUGCGGCUUUGUAAACUCCCUGAACCUGCAUCCCCCUCACCUAAUAUCAUCCACCUGCUCCAGCUCACAGUGUCUCCCUCCAUUACUCUGUUUAUUUUCUUUGGCAGCUCUUUUUCCUCUCACUCAUGUUCACUUCUUCCCUCAUCUGAGCACCUAGCACUGCUGCCAUUUCCCAUUUUGUCCACAAGAGGGAGUUGUAGCCAUUGAUGCCUACCUGUCUCAGCAUCAGCAUCUAAACCCAAGCUGUUCUCAGCAUCCAGCAUCAGUUGUCUUUUCUCAUUAGCGUAACUGUUUUGGCUAAUUGUGGGAAGGGAAAGUGUUCCUGGGCUGCUUUUGCAGCGUCCAGAAUGGUUAAUUAGAGGUGUUGGGAUAGCCUGCUUCUCAACUCCUUAGAGUGGGAGAUCCCCAGUGUUUCAGGUAAUAGAGCUGGAAGCAGCAUGGCACCCACUAACGCUCUGUAAUGCAAUACCCACUUCUAAGGCUUCUGCUCUCUAGCUCCCACUGGACAGCCCAGUAGCCGACAACGCCAUAAUAGCUAAUGAAGAAGCCUGACACAUUAACUUUUAGAGCAGGGCUUUACCUUGCCAAAACUCUCUCUGGCUUUACGGCUAAUUUAGUCAUAAGUAAUUGUGACCAUGUGUAGGCACAAAUAAAAAUCCUGUGAAUUUAUUGUUUGUUAUAAAAACUCUGCUUCUCUUUGCCUUUCUCUACAAGACUGUCCUUUUAUGGUGCCACUUUUUUACUUUUUGACUUUGUACUUUCACUGCGACUUGAUAUUUUUUGAUGAGAUCUCACACAUGUUCUUUGGUAAAACAGAGGAGGUGCCUUGUGUUUUGGCUUUGCUUUCUUGUUGAUGUAAUUUACAUUAGUGUGUUUACAUUGACUGUGUGCAGUCAAAAGGGGUUAUGUCAAAGUUUGUGGAUUCUGGUUAUUUAAGCCCAUCCCAGAUGAGCUGGGAAGCAAGUUUCAUUUCAGAAAAGAACUUUUAAUUGGCUAUUUCACUGAUUUAUUAUAUGGUGAGGAAACUUGAGUUAUGAUAAAGGUAAGGCAAGUUUAUUUAUAGACCACAUUCUGGCAAUUCAAAGUGAUUAAUACAGACAUAAGAUUGACAGAAAACAUCUGAAAAUCAUUUAACGGUGACAAUUAAAAUCCUCAAAAUAAGCCAUCAAAUCAAACCAAGAAAAAAUAAAGUUAAAUAAAAUUAAAAUGGCAAAAAUAAAAGCUCAAUAUAUGACAGUUUUAAGAAAAGAAGCAUAAAAAGUCAAGUGCGUUUUUGCGUAAUGAAAACAAAAAUGGGUGUUACAAUCAUUAUGAAAGUGAUCUAAUAAAAAUCAGCUGAAAACAAAAUUGAGAGUUUUGGCACACCUGAUUCAUUCUGUUGGUGUUUUACAGCAAUAUUCGAUGACAUCUGUCAAAUGUAAUAAAUUGAUAACAUUUAAACUUUAUUGAAUAUAAUCUCCUGUUCUACAUAACGAGUGGAUUCAAACUUGUAAAAUGUGUUUCAGUUGAGGCAAUAAACCUACUUUGCAACAGAAUUUACACUACUUUUUUAUGAUUUUUUUAGCCUGAUAAUAAAACUUAAUUUGUUUUCUUUUUCCAGUUAAUCAAACUUCUUGAUGGAAAGCGUUCACAAGCAGUCGGCAUCCUCAUAUCGAGCCUGCACCUGGAGAUGAAAGACAUCCAGCAAGGUAAAAGAAAAAAAAAAAGUCAUCCAGUAAUGAUCUGCUCUGUUAUGUCUGUGCCAAUUGUGAUUCAUUUAGGACUCUUUCAAAGCAGGAGGCUGUAUUUAGGUUCUAUAGAAAUAAACUGAAUUUACUCCCCCACUUAGCGAGAAAUUGCAAAUGACUGUGGAUGAAACGCAGAUGGAGUUAUCUUGAGAGAUGAGAAAGCGAGCCCUGCAGCAGAGGAUAAUUUCCUCCAUUCUGACAGCUUCUUCUUUGUAACUAGUCUGACUAUUUUGUCAUUAAUUUGUGUCUCAAGUGGAAAAAUGGACGAUUAUCCAUUUACACGGUGGGAAAUUAAAUACCUUAGAUCGUCAAAAUGUGAGACAAUUUCUGUCAGACCGUGUUAAGACUCUCCUCCUAUGUCUAAAUCAAACUGCAGUCUCCUUUAUUAGAAAUGCAGCAUGGCUUGAUUACAUGCUUGGCUGUUCUGUGGAAAAUGCAGGCUUGUAUGUGUGUGUAAACACGUGUUGUGUAUGUCAGGGACAGCACAGAUAGGCCAGGAAUUGGUCCUGUCGUGGAGCUGUGGCGGAGAGUUCCUGCCGCCUGUUAGUCUGAGCAUGAGGCCAGCAGAUCUGUUUAUUGUAGCUAGUGACGGUUUCCACAAGCCUAAUGGGACUGACACCCCACUAAUGAUCUGAGCAUGUACCAAACCACCUUCCACAGUUAGCAGACACUGUGCUACCACAUAAAACCACCUCAAACACGAGCCAAACAGCAUACAGCACCAGGACGUCCAUUCUGUUUGGGUUUUUUUUCCCCUGCGCCUUUUAUUCCUUUUCUCUCUGUUUUAGUGUCAGCUUGUAGAGGUAGUUUAGUGAAAAAAAGGCCUGCUCUCUCCCAGCGUGAGGUAGCUUCCUUGUGUCUUAAUGGGAGGUGAAUGUGAAAUUAACAAUUUGAAUCUGACGAUGAAGGACAGCACCUUAAUAAGCACUUCUAAGGGCUCUGGUCUCUGGCCUCGCCUGCUUGCCUCCCCUUUGUUGCCAAAUUAAAAGGACAUGGGACAUGUAAUGUAAUUAGAGCUACUAGGGAGGGAGAGAGAGGUUGGGAGGAAGGGGAGCCGAGAAGGUAGCACUCUAGUUAAAGCAGAGAAGGGGGUCAACUGCACCCGUCCGAGUGACUGGGGGACCUCAGGGGGCCACCAUGGUUCAAGGGCAAAGGGAGGCUCUCCCCCACACACCAACUACAAACACACAUAUAUGCAUGUUCACACACCACACAUGCCCUUCCACACCAAAGCCGAUGAGUGAAAAGUGGAAGGAGAGGGUGUGAGGCGGUUGGCAGGCCGGCUUUGAUCUGUUGGUGUGGAGAGAUAUCCGGCUCCCCUUGGAUCAGAGUGGUCUUGUGCACACUGGAGCAGGCCCCCCUUUGGUGUGUGAUUGACGGCUGCAUGGCUGAAGGACUGAAUAAUCCACUCUAAUAAGAUGUAGGAAAUGGACCUCCAGCGUUCUCUCUGAUCCAGACAUCAGGACCACAUUGACAGCUUCUCUGCAACGGGAACAGCUGGGAACCAGAAAACAAAGCGUUACCUUGUGAGCUUGAAGCAGUGACUGGAAAACUGGAGCCGGGUUGUUUCAAAUAUUACUUUUGUCUCUGUCAAUAUAAUCAAUGAUACAUGGGACGUGUAGUACUUUUAAACAUUGUACACAACCUGAUGCAACUGUCCAAAGAACAGAUGCCUUGUGCUUUUCUACCCAUGAAUUUUAUGCCUAAAUAAUGAGUUAGGAUUAGAGCGGGCGUUGGGCAUUAUUUGACAAAAAGUACCGUCUUUUGUUUUAGGGUUUUAUGUUGUGAUGCUUCAUGUAAGUUGACACCUUCAACUAGGUUUGGAAACGUGUUAUCGAAAGUUUAAGAUGUUUUUCUACUUCUGCAUCAGCUGAAAUAUUUCCCAUAGUUUACAUUUAUGGCCGUAGAGGCAGUCAGUAAGCAAAAUUUGCCCACCUGGGCUGGGGGGGGGGGUCGUGUUGUGUUAGCUAAUAAUAACUCUUUCUUCUGUUGCUGUGGCACAAGGAUAGCAAUGGGAGUGGUUAAGUGUCUUGUGAUGGUAGGCGCUGUCUGUAUGCUAUAGCGCUGUUUUUUAGCUCCUGUUGGGAACUUUGAGUUUUGGCGCCCCCUGUGGGCAAAAGAGUCCUUGCUCAUCUUGUCUUCUACAUGCUUCAGUAGUGUUUUCUGACUAUAAAAAUAUCCUCAUCCCGAUUUUGACAGUCAAAUGUAUCCCUUAUUGUGAAUAUUUUAUGUGGACACCUCCCCGCUCACACCAAUUUCAGGCAUCAAAAAAUUAUUAUACUGUAUAAGAGUCAUCAGUCUUGUUGCAGAUGGUUUUGUUUGCUUUCUUCUAUCUUAAUAAGUCAUCAGUAGGAAUUUCAGUCUAUUUCAUUAACAUCAAAAACUCCUUACAGGAGCUUUAAGUCACAGCCAACUAGCUAUGACUGAAGUUGGUUUAAGCUUCUUCUGUGGUUUUAUCAGUAACUCUAAUUUUAACUUUUCCCUGUUAUUUGGGAAAAUCUUGUGGUGGCAUUGGCUGUCACUCUAAUCUAAUCUAAUAUUAUUGAACAUAAUCUAAUCUAAUCAGUCCCUUUUCUGCUAAUACUGAUCAUACAACUGUUAGUUAAUCCACCCAGACAAGGGCCUUCUCUCCUAUCUUUUUCUGUGCCCACUCUCUUUUACUAAAAGCAGUGUCGCUGCUGAGACACUGAACAGGAGUUCCUGUUUUGUCUGAGUCAUCUUCACUUUGUGCAUGUCUGCUUUUUACUGUGUGAGUCAGAUAAACAUGUGGAUGAAAAAGGUCUUGGAAAUCUUUGCUUUGCAUAUCAUUUCUGGGUCUUGUCCAUUAAUAAGACUGACUGCUUAUAAUGAAUGUCUUUACUGUUGCAGCUGUUCUUACCGUGGAUAACUCUGUGGUGGACUUGGAGACCAUCGAGGCUUUAUAUGAAAAUGUAAGUAUGAAGCAGCAGUUUGUGAUAUUUGGAAAUAGGAGGGAUGUUAUGUCCUGCUACAACCUUAAAAACAACAAGAAAACCUUUGAUUACUCCAAAUUAUGAUUGUGUAGGAUUUUUAUUUUACCAAUCACAGAUGAAAAUGGAUUAGAAAGUAGUGUGUACUUUGUCUUUCUGAGCACUUGUAAUAGUGGUUAAUACAUGAACUGUCAUACCUGUGCAGUUUUCAAAGAUAAAAGCCCACCUUUAAGGCUGUCUUACAUAUUCAUCUUUGGUAACAGGUAAUUAAACAGCCUAGUUUUUCCACAUUCUUAAUUUUUAAUGUGAAUAUUUCCAUUUUGAAUAUUAAUCCUAAUUAUUAGAGAUCUGUCUCAUGAACUAUUAAUAAUUGGUAUGGAUAUCAGCCCUGAAAAAUCAAUUUUGCACAACCCCUACCAUGAAUCACUGUGUUCUUGUGAAAGAUGAAAAAAACAACAUUGUGUCGACAUUGAUUUAUAUUAUCUGAUUUUUAUCUAAUUUUAUUCAUAAACAUUUUUUUUCUUUUUUAAAAAUUUUGUUUUGUGUUUGCAGAGAGCUACCAGUGAUGAGAUGGCCAAGAUAACAAAACAUUAUGAGACCUCCAAAGAAGAGGAGGUCAAACUGCUGGACAAGCCUGAACAGUAAGAAAUUUAGCGCUAUUUGAGACUAGGCCAAUAGAAUAAGCCAUGUAAACUUAUUUUUACUUUUUUUUUUUUUUUAAAUCAUGAAGAGAACAUCAGGGAAUUUAGAGAGCAUGUACUUUGUCAGUCUGAUUUUCCACCAAUUGAAUUAGCAAAUUUAAUUGAUUGUGCAGCGGUUUUGGCGGUUUCAGAGGAUGACCUGAAAGACAAUCUUUGAUUAAUCUUCUUUUUUUUUUUAAGUUGCACCAAAAACAUAAAAUGUAAAAGUUCUCUGUUGUUUUACACAUCAGGGCAUCAUUUGUCCAUUCCCCUCAUGUCAGUUUUCGUUUAAGUUUCUAUAAAUGUGUGAGAAAACAAAGCGUACACAGACAUUGUUUUAGUAUCUCAGUAGUUCCUGUCAGGGUCAAGUAGCCCCAACCAGCUAACGAGGCCCGGACCCAGCGGUGCCGCUCAACCUGGCCUUCCUGUUUCCAUGUUUGACCAGAGCUGUCAUUACGGCCGCCAGAGUCAUCCCUACUCAGUGUCUCCUUCCAUCAGAAGGGCCUAAUCACACAGGAUGUUACCGCUCUGCUCCCCUCUGACACUGCACUGUUUACAUAAGUCGUCCCGCAUCAGGCCAGAGCUACCUUUGAUCAAUCUGUGCGCGCCGCUCUCUCUGCUCUCCCUCCGUCCUCGACCCCGUGGAGCCUUCAAACCCAGCAGAGCAGCGCUGCUCAUGACUCUCAGCUGCCUGUGUGCUCGUGAACAGUAACAUUGACUCAGCCAGACGGCAUGGAGAAGCAGGGCCUGCCAAAAACCCAGAAUAGCUCUUCCUGUUAGGCAUUUUGUUUAAAUUUGUCAUAACACAUUACACCCCGGUCUCCUCCACCUCUUCCUCCCCCCACUUUUGUCUCCAGGUUUCUUUAUGAGCUUUCCCAGAUUCCCGACUUCGCAGGCCGAGCGCGCUGCAUCAUCUUUCAGUCAGUGUUCCUCGACACCAUCGCCUCCAUCCGCCGCAAGGUGGACGUCAUCUCAAACGUCUGCAAAGUAAGAGCAGCAUGUCAAUAAACCCUGCCUCAGAAGUUUUAAUAAGCUACACGAAGGCUUACUAUCACAACUGUGUGUUUGUGUGUUUCAGGAUCUGUUAGAGCGUGAAAGUUUACGGGAUGUUAUAGGUCUUGUUCUGGCUUUUGGGAACUAUAUGAACGGAGGGAACAGGACGAGAGGUCAGGCUGACGGCUUUGGACUGGAGAUCCUUCCAAAACUUAAGGAUGUGAAGAGCAAGGUAACAAACAGCUUUAGAUUUGACAUGAAAAUGUAGUAAUUGUUGUAAUAAUCUGGCAAAUAUGAGCCAGGUUCAGUCUGAUCGUGAACUCUGAUUUUAUUGUCCAUAUUUCAUCCUCAGGAUAACUGUAUGAAUCUGGUGGAUUAUGUUGUUUCAUACUACCUGCGUAAUUUUGACACGGUAAGGAGCUGUCAGUCAAAAUGACCAAAUGUUACCCUCACAAGAAGAACUACUCAAUACUCAUAUCUUAAUGUAUUCCAGAAUGCCGGCACAGAUAAGAGUGUGUACCCUCUGCCAGAGCCUCAGGAUUUCUUCCAGGCUGCUCAAGUGAAGUUUGAAGACCUUGCCAAGGACACCAGGAAACUCAAGAAAGAUCUCACCAGUAAGACAUGCCCUGUUGUAUAAGUACACUUUUUCCUGUUUCCAAACCGGUGCAUCGUCACAGUCCUGUCCUCUGAACAUCCUGUGACAGAACAGCUAGCUUACAAGAAUCCAAAUUGCUGUAAUGGAUUCUUAAGCAAGCGAGGACUCCUAAAAAAAAAAAAAAAAAAAAAAAAAAAAGCAAAGUCCAGCUCACUGAAGGGGCAUCAGGGAUAAUUGCCCGAUAAAAACCUGAUUUGGGUGUUUUGUGCUCAAAGGGCUAUGGGCGCCGAUCCACUAGGUAACCAGGCCAGUCAGCCACUCAGUCUUGGCCAGGGCCAUGCAGAGGUUAAAGGCGAUGCACCCCUGUGCCCCUCGUGUCUGUGGUUAUUUAAAUCAACCAAUAAUACGGCAUAUGAAAGCAAUUAGAUAUGCUCUACAAGUCUCCCCCUACGUUUUUUAGAUUGCUGUUAAAGCCCUCUCCUCUCUGACCUGGGGGAAAAAUACAAAGAGUCUACUAAAGUACCCAGACCCACCUCAAGCUGUCACUCAUUUAUUAGGAAAAAUGGAAGAGCUGAAGACAAUAAAUGCAACAUAAGGGCCCUCGUAUUUGAUCUCAGUCUGGCACAGUAUUCCUCCGGGGUAUUAGCAUCACAGGGCGGGUGUUGAAUUCUGGAUGUUUGGUGAGCUCCACCUCUGACUCCCACCAUUUUUAUCCUCUGCAGACGCCAGGAAUAAAUAUUUAUGCCUGGCUAUUAUAAACCUGCCUAAAGAAAGCAAGUGGUCUUAAUUAUGAAGCCAACACAGAUCGCUUCUAUUUGCAGUGUGAAUUGUGUCACUGAAUCACGUUUUACUUGCUCUGUUAGACUGAAACAAGCGCAGCGUAGCCCUCACUUGAUCUUGAGGUGGCGACUGCAUUGUCUUGCCCUACAGGCUUGGGGUCAAAGGUCAGGAGACUUUAUGCCAGCAGUCAGAAACUCACCUCUCGUAGCAUAAACUCCCAGAACAUAAUCUGUUGGUGUUAAUCAAACGUAGUAUUUUUUCAGGAUUGUCACACACACCUCUGUUUUACUGUGUGUGACUGUGUGUGUGCGGAGUCUUGUCAGUGAUGCUCAGGAGCAAGUCCCCAUCUACUUGGCUGCCCUCUCCUUCACUGGCUUGUGCAGAAACAUGAUCCUCUUUUGAUGGGGCUUCCUGUUUGGGGAGAGGGUGAUGACCUCUCCUUGUGCUUCUCUCAGAGGGAGAGGGAUGAGUGGGAGGCCACAAGGAGUUAAACCCACUGGAGGACUCCCCGUAACGAUCCUCUAUUCUGUUUCUGUGUCAAAUCUUAGCUUUAAAACUAAGAAUCCACAUCAAUAUUUUGAUUUUCGUAACUUGUGCAGCCUGAGUCUUAAGCCCAAGGCUGAUCUGCAGAUCAGACCAGCAACCAGCUACAUAAAGAUCCAUUUAACUGCCGCGUAAUUGGACUUGACAGAGAGGCAGGGACGUUACCGAAUGAAAUAGGAUCAAAUAAAAAGAAACAGUCAGAGCUCAUUUGCUGCUCAGGGGAGUUUAGUGUUUCACUGAAGGCCUGGCCCAGGUUGGGCAUUCAUCACUGUGGCAAAUCAGACAGUGUCCUGAUUUUAAAUGGCCUUUAAUGUCAGGUUCAGGCAGGGCCUUUAGCCUGAGCUCUGCUUUAUGGCGGAGGCUCAGCUACACCGGCAUGUGUGAAGUCAGAGAGCUGAGGUACCAAAAAAGUAAUGUCCUGAAUGUUCAGUGUGAUUUAGAGUGUCAUCCAAGACAAGGUUCUUCACAUAUUCAGCUCAUCUCUGAUUGAUGGUUUGGCUCCAUCUUUUGUUGAUGAGGGAUGUUGAUGCUUCCAGUACCCCCAUUUGAUGAAGGGGUCUAUCCCCCAACAUUUCAUCUGAGUCCUCCUGGCUCAUGUUAGUCUUCUCCUACAGAAGUUAUUUACAAGGCUUAUUAUUUGAUGGAUUACUGUUGAUUCACAAGCGGAGGAAGAGGUGAGAGUACCUUACCUUUUCCCCACUGAAGCCAUCUCCUGGCUGGCCUCAACAAGGAGGGAUAGGAGGCUUUAUCAUCCCACAGAGCUGAGCUGGAGGUUUGACGGUCUGCGGUCUGGAGAUAAUUGGGGAUCAGAGAGAGAAUACACUUUUCCAGGUAUAAAUUAUUAGCAUGCGCCAGAGCUGGAGAGCUGCUCUGGUUUUAACCUCCGAUGAUGAUCAGUGGAAAAAAAGCUGAAGAGUUUUCUCCGAGAAUAUUUGUGUCUCGCACACAGAUAUUUUUCAACCUGGAAAAUAACAAUAUGUGACAUUAAUUAUUGCAUUAGCUGGAAGUGUCAUUCUGCUGGCAGCUGUUGAGCAACAAUGAAAUCACUGGUGUAUCAUCAUGUGUUUCUCUGUCUACUAGUGUGCUUCCUCAGUCUCCACUUUUAAUAAUGAUCCAGACCUACAGAGACAGGAGGUGGCGAGGCGUAGAGACAGAAACAUUCAUCAAACAGCUACUUCAGUUCCUGGCUCUGUCAUCCACUUCUUCAGCCUUUUCUCUAAUCCUCUGAAAGUUGUGCAUUGUCUGUGAUUCCUGGUAGCUGCAGCAGGGGCUCUUGCUUACUGUGGUAAAAUCAUAAGUACAUACUAACAUCAAAGUAAACCACACAGGGCAAGUUCUGGAGCACAAUCCUGGCUUUUUGUUUGUUUUUCUUCCCGUUUACUUCACCGCUGCCCCUCCUUUACCCGCAGUUUGUUGUCAUGUUACCUCAUCUUACACAAUACAUCGCCAACUCACUCCCAUUAAGACGUGAUGGAUUGGGGAAUCUUUCUUCUGGAGAUAUGAAGUAAAAGCAUUGUUUUGAAGUGUUGCUCUGGUUCCUCAAAGUAUCAUCUCUGAUAUACUUUGUUUAGAGCUCUAAUCUGGCCCGGCAAAAACUUGAGGAUCCUCUCUUUUGGCUGCUUUUACAUAGUCCACAGAAUUUAGUACAAACAGCUCUUCCAGCUGUUGAUGCACCAGUAUGGCUGAGUGUCUGUAUCAAUCAGCUGUAGCCCUGUUGACAGAUAUUAAUAAUCACCUAAUGAUCUGAAUUUCACUGAUGGCAGUAUGUAAGAAAUAUUGUUUGCUAACAUCAGUGGUGAUGAGGAUUAGCAGUUAUCAUUUGAAUUUGAGGUUAUUUUUUAAGGUUUCAAAAUUAAUGUAAAUGUUGGCAAAAAAAAAAUUUCCAAGGCCUAAAUGACUUGUUGUCACGGAAAGUAAUUUGGGUCCCUGACCUGGUCAAGCGGAAAUAAUGAGAGCAAUAGCAACAAUCAACAAUUAAUUAAAAGAAGGAAUCAUCCAUUAGCAAAAUCUAAAUUGUGUUUUGUUUUUACAUGUAUGUAUAUAAAUAUAUAUUAAUUUAUUUAAUUUGAAUUUUUUUUCCUUAAAUAUAAAUAAUACCAAACAUAUAAGCAGACACAGGCACAUCAAGUGAGGUUCAUAAAUGUAUUAUUUAAUAUCAUGAAUUAGACACUCCUUUUUUUAUUACUCGUAACCACUUUUCUUUUCUGUCAAGUAAGUUUCUGUCGGUGAUCAGCCCCUGAUGAAAGCCUUCGGUACCCCUGAGUACAUGUGACAGUAUUUUCUUUGGUUUGAGUACCACAUUGUAAUGUCAGGUGACCCUUCAUCUAACUAUCUGUGUAAAAUAAUGGGCCAUGCAGCAUAUAGAGAAAUUCUUAGGACAUAUCUCUGCUGCCAUGUCUUUUUUUUUUUUUUGUUUGUUUGUUUGUUUUGUAUUUAACAGCUUUUUUGGGUUAUUCUUAUUUAAUUAUUUAGAUUUUCUUCUGUUAAAUAUUGAUAUACUUAAAUUGAUUUUUUGUGUAAUGUUUUUUUUAACUUAAACGGAAACGUCACUACUGACCUUUUUUGCAUGUAAGUGUCAUAAUAAUAAUAAUAAAUACACUCAAACUUUUGGGCAUUCAAAAUGAAGUAAAACUCAGUUUAGCUUCAUUUUUGAUAUGUAAAAUCACAGGUUUUGCUGACAGAAUACAUCAUUGCCUUAUAAAUAAUUCGACCUGGGUUUUGUAACUUAUGAUUCAAUCAAACUUUGGACAAAAGUUGGAAAAAGUUUUUAGAAAUACUUGUUAAAGGGACAAAUUUGUGAUUCUCAUAUUUUUACUUUCUUUAUAUGCAAGAAAGAGAAAUUGCUCAAGUACAAAAACUUGACACAAAAUCUGACUGUGAAAUAUUCUUUCUUUAACAAAGAAUGAAACACAUUGAUUGCUCACUUUGACUUCUUCCUCUGCUUCUCUCUGAACAUCCAUUCAGCUUUAAUUUUGGCACUUUUCAGAUCCUCUAAACUGAAACUAGACGUCUGUCAUUUAUGUGAAGGCAAACCCUCUCAGAAAAGGCGCACCUCCUAAAAACUGUGUCAUCACUCUAAGACAAUGUCUCAAACUGGAGCUUUUGGUUUUUUAUUCUUUACAGCUGCUGUGUUUUUGUGGGCUUCCUCCUUGCGGCCUUUGCUGUCUGGACCACAUUUGGGAGAGAGCCGCCUUUAAAUUGUAGACUUGCUGUUUUGAACACUGUUUUUAAUGGGUCGUUUUGAGUUGGGGGAUUUCUGGUGAGGAAACGCGGUUUUGUCCAAACAGGAUAUUUUGGUCGUCAUGUUUGGUUGCCGAUCUCUGUUUUUUAUUUUGAUAACUGCUGCCUCUCCCUAUUCACAAAUUUUAAAAGAGUCCUGGAAUCCAGACACUGAGGCUGUGCGUUGUUACUUCUCAACUUUAAUGCUCAGACGUUGUGUUUCCUGUCUGAUUUACUAACACAGCCAAUAAAUAAAAGAAGUAAUAGACUGAGUUCACUGAGUUGCAGGUGCAGCUGCUCUGCAUGCAAACAUUUGAGAGCCAAACUCGGAUCUAAAAGCAGCCUCGCAGUGAAGUGAGACUGCGGCCAGACCUGUUAAUGCUCUUGUUGUGUUGCAGAACUAUUUAGCUAUGCAGUCAUAAGCAAGUAGAGGUAUUUAUUGCAGCCAUUAAUGACUAACAGGUUGGAGCAAUGUGCCAAAGUUCUUUUACCAGGCGUCUGUGUGUAUAUUAACCCGGUUACAGUUGAGAGGAAAUGGGGAAGGUUCGGCUGGAACACGCUCAGUCACGGCUGUUUCCUCUCAGCUCGUGCGAGUUGGCUCAUUUGGCAUCAAGCAGAAAACAAAUCCACUAACAGCAAACACACAUCUGCUGCACCCACAUGUAUGUUAUUAAGACAUCAGGUUACCGACAACAUGGAGAAAAAUAUUCAGGUACUACUGAUUUGUAAACCCAUGUAUAUUCUCCACCCAGGAGUGUAAGGAGGCACAGAUUUGAUAACUACAGCAAAUUCAAACAUUAUUUUUUGUUGAAAUUACCAAUGCACUGUUUUACAUCAAUAAUUUUCUGUUAACCAGUGCACUGAUUCUUUCAACAAAAAUAUUUUAUUUAGACUUUUUUACCAUAUGUUCCUCUGUAAUUAAAGGAUAACACAUUUCCUGUUUUAACUGUAUUUUUCUCUGUUAUUAAAUAUAUAUAUAGAGAGAGAGAUAUUUAAUCAUGUCCCUUUAAUCUAUGUUUUCCUCUUCCAGCCUGUGAGAAAGAUGUACAGAAGGUGUGUGCCAACUCUUCAGAGAAACACCUUGAGCCCUUCAAGAAGAAGAUGGAAGGGUUCGUUUCUGCUGGUGAGUCACACUAAGAUUCAGUUUUUAUUUGUGUUCCAGCAAGGAGGAGUGAGGUCCAGCACAAUUGACAAAAUAAUUUUUUUUCUUUUUUUUUUUUAUAUUUAAGAAUCUCAACUCGCUGCUAGAGUCGACAUAGGCUGGGAGUGGACAUGUAGUUCAGAAUAGCAAGAAUUAAGUGGCAGCUAGCUGAAGAGUAAUUUCUUCUCGUGAAAAUUUUUAUUGAUUUUAAAGCUUGCUAUCUUUCCCUAAGGGAAGCACUGUGUCUUGACAUGGUGUCAAUCAAACAUGCUGAUUCUGAAUGUGAACAAAUUGACUUUUCAUUCAAUUUAAUUCUCUGGACUUGUUCACACUGAAUUCAGUCAACCAAUAUGGGUUUCCAACAGCAAUACCGAUAUUUAGAGAGCAGGUCAGCCAGUGAUCAAUAUAGGAUGCUGAUAUCAUGUCGAUGUCGUUUCAUUUCAUAAUUCUACACACAUUACAAUCUAACAUACAUGGUUAUCUGACUAAUCAGGCUGAUUAUUAUCAUUUUAACAGCAUCAUAUCAGCAUUAGCCCUCACAAGGCCAAUAUCACAAUAAACCUUUGUAACACUAACACAUCUUUCCCAGUGCCCAUUAACAGCAUAUCAAAACCAAAACAGUCAUUUACAAAUGUUUUGAUAUGGUAUUGUAUUGUAAUUUUUAGAAUUGACAACAAUAUCAGCCGUAUCUAUGUCUUUCCAUUAAUUUAUCAGAAAUUUAUCGAAAACAUAAAACUGGCUGAGACAACCAUGUUGAUUGGAUUUUGAUUAAACUAUCACUCAAGUUCAGUUAUUUUGUAUUUGAUUUGUUAGUACUAUUAAACUGUUGUAUUUUGUGAAAAAAAAAGGAACUUCCCCCCCGCACCGAUUCCAGACAAUUAAAAUAAGGGUACAAAAACUGACAGUCUUGUUGCUGAUGGUCUUGUUUGAUUUUGUAUAUUGUUCGAAACCGUCAAUAUGAAUUUCAGCAUAUUUCAUUAAUGUCAUAAACUCCACGCAGGAGCUUUAAGCCAGAGGGAAUAUUAACUUCCAUUACUCUUUAAAGAAUAAAAUAGUCUGUAUCAAACAUUUGACAUUAACUGUUAGAUUAGGUCUUCUGCCAUUAAAGGGAUGUUGAUGUUGUUUGACAACUGCUAAAAUGGCAAGGCUGCCUGCAGUGUCUGCAAACAUGUAUUGAUCCUUAUUUUCAUGAGCUGAUGACAAUAGUUUUCAAAAUACCAAUAAUAGACCUAACCGAUUAAUCAGUCUUUUUCUGGUUGGUCUUUCUCUGGUUGCUCAUAUUUUAAUGGAGAAAAAUCUAAUAGUAACAAAAAUUACCCUUCAGCAUCAGAGGACGAUAACCAACGGAAGGAAAUCCUUCUUCAGAACUUCAACGUGCUGCUUUAAGCAUCAUACUCCUCCAUUUGUUUCCAUCAUUGUGAAGUUAAACUUAGACAUUUCUUCACAUGAUGUAACUUAACUCGUGGCGGUCAUGAGAGGCCACAAACAGUAUUGAUCUGCCUGCACCCUUUCCUCAACGCUCUACAGGCUUCACUGAUGUUUGCCCUCAGCCCCCCUCCUCCAGCCGGCCUGUCCCAUGUAAAGCUCUGAAAGGAGCAUGAAGAAAAUUCUUGUUGUCUACAAAGAUGAAACAGUAUUUCUGACUGAGGAUUUAUGACUGAGGAGAUAGUUAUGAAACCAAGCUUACAGAGCUAGAAAAGCCCUGUGUUGCCCUGAUGCCCUGCAUGGGACCUUUAAAAGGAGGAAGGUAUAAUUAUGUGUUUUUGCCAUGUCAGACAGUCAGCUGGUGUGUGUGUGUGUGUGUGUGUGUGUGUGUGUGUGUGUGUGUGUGUGUGUGUGUGUGUGUGUGUGUGUGUGUGUGUGUGUGUGUGUGUGUGUGUGUGUGUGUUUUGUACUUGCUGGGAGAGGGCGUCUUGGUGCCCUGUAAGACAGCAUGAAGACAGGAGUCUACAGGCCUGUAGAAGGGAUCGCGUUGCCUCUAACAUGGUUCUCAUGUACUCACGGCUUCCAUAAAGCUGGCGGGGCAUCUCUGGCUGCGGCCUUGUAAAGACUGGCCGGCCUAUGUGGAUCAGGCUUGGGGACCACCGGGACUGGAGCAGGACUGGCAUACUCAUAUUAAUACUUGUGUCCCCUUGUCUCAUCCAGGGUAGUUACACCAACUCUAAUAGUGUAAUCAUUUCAGGAAGAAAGGAAAAGAGGUGACUUUGCACAGGAGUAAUGGUCCUGUUAUCAUUUAAGGAAAGGUCUGGGAGGAAAAAGACAUCCAUCAAAUUUUUGUCAUCCUCAAAACUUAAUCUCCAUUCCAAUGAAUGUAAUCUGACAUUUUUUACCAGAUGGCCUAGUCUCUCUCUUUUGCUGCCAUAACACUUGAUUCAAUUACAUUUGGAUGAACUGGGACAAACUGAUCCCAAGAACAGAUCUAGCCAAAUGAGAAAAUCCUGGAUGCUGUCAGUCUACAAACCCUGUUUUAGAUGAGCUGGGACAUUGUGUAAAAAGUUACUUAAAACAGGAUUUGAUGGGUUAUAGCUCAUUUAAAGCCUAUAUUAAAUAAAAAAUAAUGCUGAAAUGCAAAAGAGUUAUUGUUAUUUAAAAAAGUAGAUGAACAUUUGAAGUCUGACACAAGCAACGAGUGUCAAAACAGGGUUGUGUAGGUUUUAAAUGAUUGAUCGCCUAAUGUAUAAUGCAGAUUUCACAUUGUGUUGUUUUUUAAUUUUUAUGUUCGUUUUGUCUGAUUUGGCAAAAUACAAAAAUCAAAUUAGACUGACUGACAGAUUUAAAGCAAAGCUGCUGACCUCCAGUGAAUAUUUAAUAAGAUGGCUGCAGAUGGAGAUGAUGCAAGUUUCAGCUUUUCUAUUGGAAAUCUUUGAUUGGAUCUCGAUUAUCAAUUAGCCAUGAUGAUAAUAUUGAGGCGAGGGACAAACUUUGCUGUCUUUUCCUCUAGCACAAACAUUUCAAUUCAGACUUGGGAUAUAACUUGUGUCAUGUGUCAAGCAGCAUCAAGCCAAGUGGAUGCUUUGCUAUCACUCAACUACACUUAAGGAGGGAAGCCUGCAUUACUUCCAGAGGAUACAGAGUCAGAUUAGGUAUCUCACAGUGGGAUUGUAGUCAUAUGUUCAUGGCGCAAAGUAAAAUCACUGUUUGCAGAACCAUUACUUAAAGAUGUUUGUGAUCACAUACAGAGUCUGUGCUGGCAGACUUGAAAUGAGUCUAGCACAGCAUUGUUCUCAUUAGUUCCUCCACCUUAAACCCGUCUGAAUACUGAGGCCUUUCCUGAGCUUUGUUCAAUAUCACAGAAUCUUUGAAAGCUUUUAAAACCGCUGUGGCUGCCACCGGCUACAAAAUGAACCGAGUCUCCGACGGCACAUCUUGAACAUAAACUUUCCAAUGGAAGACUUGUAAACCUUUCUAUAAUAAACAGAAUUCCUCGAACCGUUGCCUGUGCGUCGGGGGGAGGGAGUGGUGUGUAAUCAUCAUUUGUGAUGAUUCCAUGACUUCAAAAGGCAAAACAAAGCAACAGUGCUCACAUCAAACCCAGCUGAAGCUCUUAAAGUCUGACUCAUCAGCGAAUGCGUGAAUUUCUCAUCCAGGUAAAUGAUCCGGAGGCUGACCGCAGACUCAUGUGUUUGACACAUGAUUUUAGAUAUCGAAAUUCACUUCAAGGAAACAGAAAUGCAUCAUCACAUCCUCUGUCAUGCAACUUCUUCCUCUUACAAAAAGAUCAAAGUGGAUCAGCGAUAAACACUUUGUUCUGAGACUUGUGUUUCAGAGUCGCGCUGACCUGUGACCCUGUGGAGACGCUCUCAGCAGGGUUUGGAGGUGAACCCAAACACCCUGAGCUUUGCCUUGUAAACUUGCUUAUGUGAUCUUACAUGGAAACCUCCACAAAUCAAGUAAUCUGUUCUUCUUGUUACUACUCUGAUUUUGAGCUAAGUCCGGUCCACACCAUGACUUGUAUAAAACAUGCAGACUCAGUGUUUGGUGAGCUCAUUUGCUGGCAUGUGUCUCUGCAUUUCGCCAGUAAUUUCUGGGAUAAAGCUCAUAAACAAAGACGUACCCUCAGAUCAGCCUGUGUUUGUCACAACACCAAAUCUACCACCUUCUCGUUUCCUCUUUUUAAUAAGCUCUUUGAAACCUCUGGGGAUACCCUGUCUGACAUAUUUCUUUGUUAAUUAAAAACAAUUCCCUUUCAUUCAAUCAUCUGGCUCUCCUAUAAAGUACACAUGUAUCAACACAUCCUCACGCUUUCUUUGUUGUCAGUGAGUCACACCCCAAUUACCAGAGCACCACUUGUCCAGAUGAUCAAGGAUUACGUAAAUCAAAUAGAAUCUGCCGAUAAUAGCUGACCGGGGAGUCUGUUUUUGAUGAAGAUAUAUUUGAAAAGGAGUGGGAUCAGGAAUCAGAGGGGAUGCUUUUUAGAGAUCCUGAAAGUCCCCAGCAUCCUUCUUAGUCAUUCUUCUCUUUGUUAUCUAGCUGCAGCGGUUUGGAAAGUGUGUCAGAGUUUUAAAGCCCUAAUUUAUUAUCCCUCUCAGCAUGCACAUCUCAUAACUUUCUAGUUAGCGACUACUGGUUUCAUGUUUACACUGGGAGCCGAGGAAGAGAAACUUCACACAUCCUCUCUCUCUCCCUCUCUCCUUCUCUUCCUUGCUCUCUCUCGGCCUCUCAGCUUCAGUGCCACCUCUGCAAAGUCGAGGGGUACCUCAGGCGCCAGCCUGACCCCCACUGAGACUAACACCAUUGGUCACGGCCCCUCUCCUCACCCCUCCCACCCCCCCACUCCCCUCCUUGUACCCCAGACAUGGCCACAACCUCCCUUCAUUAGGUUCACCUUCUUGCCCACAUACAUGAGGAAAAAAGUAGUGAAAGCAAGUGGGGUGGUUGGUUGGAGGCUUAAGCUCACCUUCUCCCAGAAGACCCCCAAACUUUUCUUUGAACAAUUUUUGGAGACUUCCCGCUCUUAAAUCUUCAAGUAGAAAAGGUCCCCCAUCAUUGUAAAAAGGAUGAAUCUGGAAAAAUGCAAUAAAUCUGAGAUCACAGGCUCUCUCUGGCCCUAGAUAAAUUCUUGCACCUCGGCCUGGCCCGCCGCACACAUCUGCCUUGCAUUUAGACACUUUUACAUGGCAGGAGUCCACAGGAGCCUCCAGUUCCCAAACUUCUAUGCUCAACCCUGCACCCCUGCCACAGCUCUGCUCAGAACAUGCACAUGUAUGUCACCACAACACACACACACACACACAAACAGACCACCGCUCCCCACCCUGAGCCCAGGCGUCACACGCUCACACUCUCAUGCGUCAACGCACAGAGGCAUGUCAAACUUUACAACGUGCUUAACUGUCGCUUGGGUAACACACUCGCUGCAAAAAUGACAUCUCAACCCAGAGCCCCUCUUCCUCUCCUCUUCCUCUGCUAGAAACUUUAACAAAGCCGUUUAAGUGCAGCGCCCCCAUCUGGGACCAGUACUUUCGGUCUGUUACUCUUCGAUAAGUCCCAUAAGUUGCCCCCUCAAGCUAAACCUGAUAUUCUCUCUGUCUGUAACAGCUCAAGAGGAUCAUUCAGCAGAAGUGGACCGCCUCAAUGCAGCUGAGAAAAGGUAAGAGACAACUUAUCAACUUCAAACCCUAGUGGAUUUAGCACCAAGGUAGUGUGUGAGUAAGAAAAUCAUAGAUUAUGUAGCUCAUAUCUGAUGGGGCGAUUGCUGCAUCAGGUGUCGCUGUCUGUUCUUGUUACAGUUGCUAUGCUGGGCUGGGCUAAUCCUAUUGGUUGUAGAUCCAGGGGCACUUUCAUAUGCAACAGUUGCUAAAAACCUCUGGAAAAAUGACAUGAAUUGAGUGUUUCCAGACACAUUUACCAAGGUCAGGCAUGUCAUGAGUGGUACUGUAACAACAACACACAAAUCAGAGGAUACCAGCUGCUCCCAUACAGCUGCAGUCUGCGUCGCACACUGCAGCUAUGUCUCACUAAAUACCCACUUUCUUUAAUUUCCAGAAGUUAAACCAGAAAUCCAGAAAAGCAGAUUAGAAGCGUUUUUAAUUACAUAUUUCAACUCACGUUGCUUCUCUAUUGCAUACUGAUAAAACUCAUUAUGUGUUUACCUCAUCAAAAUGCAUGGUUGGCAUUUCAGGGGGUAGGGCUGAGCUGAAAUAACAAACUCUACAGCCAUUAACUGAACCAACUUAAUAAUGUUUAGCAAAAUAUGCUAAAAAAAUCCAUUAAACUAAGAUGCAAAAAUACGACGCAUGACCAUAUAUGGGUGUACCAAGCAAAAGUCAGGUUGAUUUUCAUUCAUAUAGCCAGUUAACUGAUAACUGCAGGAAGAGAACAAGUGCGUUAUGCUUAGGAGAAGUGCACAGAUUACUCAGAUUUUCUUAAACUAGCUAAAUAACUUGGUCUUCUAUGUUAUUUAGCUUUAGUUGACCGUGUCUGCGGAGGUUGAUAUUGCAGCUUCUUUGCCGGUUCUUCGGCUUGUUUCUCAACAAAGGGGUGGAGCUGACCAAUAAUGCGCUUAUAAACGACAAGCACUUUAUGCAACUCCACUUCUCAAAAAGAAAAAACUCUGUCUCUUUAAGGACAGAUUUUUUAAGUCCAAACCCUUCUCUUAUCUGUAUUGAAAACAAAUGAAGUAAACACCAUUUGUCACCAGAACCACUCUGGUUGUGAGCAUACCCUCACCAUGCAGUGUGAUGCAUUUUAAGCUUCAACACCCAGCUCUUCCUCCUCUGUAGUUCCUAUCAUUCGUAUCCGCCGUGUUUUGUGCAGAAGACUCCCGAGAGUCUUCUGAGAGGCAUCUGAUUUAUAGGCGUGAGACACACUGUCCGAGUGAAAUCAUAUCUGGAACAUUUCAUAUUGGAAAAAGAUGGUGCAGCAGACAAACAAAGCGAAUAGAUUAUUUUUGCCUUGUUUGGAUAAAGAGCGGAAUUGUUUGCUUUAUAUUCCAAUGCGCCCACUUUCAGAAUGAAUCAUGAAAGCACAUAAAGGAGAAAGUGAAAGACGCCGGACACAGGGAAAUGGAUACUAUAAACAAUUAAGAAGUUGAUUGCUUUAGACAAAACUAUAACUCAGCUCGUGAUUCCAAACUCCUCUCUUUUGUUUUGCUGUUUUUAGGCCAGGAGAAGUCCUGUCUCCUUGUUGCAGAAAAAUAUCUCCAUGCACUGACCUGGUCCCACAUGUUUAUAUGUGUAUGUGUGAGUGUGUUGUUUUGCCUCUCGUGCCUGAGUGACACCACUGUAAUGAAGGCGUUGAACUUGAGGUGGAAUAUUGAUCAAAAGGGCCCCGCGGCUGACAGCACCUUUUCUUUUAAUGAAGUUUUCCUUUAAUUUCAUCUAAAGAGGGGGCUGGCUGACUGGCACUAGGUGGAGCAGAAGUUAGGAGGGGAGAGGGGGGGGACUUUUUUCUCAGGUUCCCACAGAGUCACCUCGUAAAAGUGACACGCUGUUGAUGAAUAUGGGCGUCAGCGGGCUCUCUGGGCCCUGGGUGGGCUCUCACAUCUGCACUGGAUGAGGGAUCUUCACACACGGCAGCAGAAGUCCAAAAACAUUCUGGCUGAGUGUUAAUAAAGGAAAUAGACAACACAUCUUCAUUACCUCCCAAUACCUCGCCUUUAGGAGCCUGUGGGUUCAGACACUUAGGAGUCAAAAUCAACCACCAGUUGGAAAGACCGAGCCUCAUAAAUCCUCAACAGGAUAUUGACAGAAGCCAGGGAUCAUUAAGGCAGUUACAAUUAAUGAAAGUUAUAUUUUCCUUAUAUUUAAAUGUCUAAAAGGUUAGCUUGUAGUUUGUAUUGGUAUGGUUAGCAUUGGUAUAUUAUCAGCAAAGAGCAAUGAAACAACAACUUAUGAAAAGUUUCCCCUUGAGUGUAUCCGGCACAUUUAAGCUCCCAUUAGGGUGAAUAAUGGUGACUCUGAUGAUCCCAUAACCUUUUAUUUAGCACCAUCUUCAGGCUCAUGUUUUAACUGUUUACUACACUUUAGUCAACUCACACUGCUGUAUUGAUGGAAACUUUACUGCUGAAGACAUUGUUUGCCUUUGGUGUCCAGGCUCCAACCACAUAAGACCAACAAAUGUGAGAUUAGUGCAUCUCAAAUUGCUUGCCUGAACUAGCCCGCAGGAAUGGAUCCAGUUUGAUUUGUUAUCUGUGUUUGCGAAAGUUACUAAUUUGCCAAAUCCAGAAUAUUUACCCUUAUGGGGAUUUACUCCAUCACCUAAAAUGCCAGUAAUGUAUUCCUGUAACAAACUGAGUUAAAAGAGGCGCACAGUGUUAAUUUUGUGGUCUGGUCUGCAACAGGUGCGCCAUAAAUCUCUCUGCCUCUAUGCUUCCUCCACAAAAAGAUGUCCAAGUAAAUAAAACUAAGGAUUAUAUUGAUCAUACAUCACUGGAGCUUUUUGUCCUUAAAAGCCACUGUUGCUCUUUUAGCUUCAUCAAUGAGAGGAGUGAGCAAGGGAGCAUUUAAAGUCUCACCACAGGAUAUCCCUAAAUACUCCCAUUUCUACUCACUGUGCCUUUAAAGUUAACCUGAUAAGGCUCCAGAAGAAGUGGACCUUUAACAGCCAAAGACUCUCAGCCUUGUUCCAGUAUUGGUCCAAAAGUAUGCGAAUCUGGUAAAGUUAGCUAUUUAAACACAGUUUAUUCAUGGGAUAUAUUUAGAGCAGAAUCUAAUAGGCACUGAAAUUGAACAGACGCUCGGUCUAACCAUCAAGAACCAAACCACACAAUACUUCAUGAAUGAAUCGUUAUCACUGUAAUUUCUGGUUAUUUUGUAUUCUGGGGAGUUAUUUUCUCAUUAUUGCCCAUCCAUGUCGAUGCUGAUGCCUGUUCUUCAACAUGCAGUCCUAAUUUGUCUGCCCCGUGUUUGGGUUCCAGCGAGGUUUUUCUGGUUCUGUCCUCAGUUCCGUCUCAUUAAGUUUGCUUCUCCCACAUCAUGCUCAAUUUCAUUUGGCCUCCACAGUCACCAUGCAGUUUAUAGUUUCAGAGAUGCCAGUUAGUUUAUUAUUCUGCUCGCCUAUUGUGUGACGGCUUAGUGCCUCUGCUGAAUCAGCCAACAACAGCGUGUUAACUCGUGUAAUCUUUCGAUUGGUGGAAACUAAAGAAUGCAGAGUUGUGUGUCUAAAUAUUUCCCCGAUUCUCACGGCUGCUCAUGGUUUUGUAAUGGUUCCUUUUUUUAUAUAGCUGUCAGUGAGGAAUGCCGGCUGUGGGUGCUGCAGUAAACCAUCUCACGGCAAAGGCAUCAUAAUGUGCAUUACAGAAGUGUGUGUUUGUUUGCAUGUGUGCUGGGGUAGAACAAAGGUCUGCUUGAUUGUGUUUAUGUCUUGUAGGUACACUCACAUGUGUGAGCGUGUUUGCAUCUGUUUUGAGUAAAUCUUUGUGUAUCUGCUUGUUGCAUGUGUUCAGGAGGGUAAAAGGAAAGGCACUGAUGCUUGAUUUGUGCAUUCUCUGACAUGAUGACCCAGGGUCAGGAGAGGAGCUGAUAGAGAGGAGACCCUGUUCAUCAUGCCAGACCAGGCCAGCUGCAGCGAAGGUCUGUUUGGUCAGUCUAAACAUCCAAGAGCCCCUGAUUUCUUUUGUAGCAUACAGAAUGAUCUACAGCGAAAUGACGCAUCACUGGGAAAUGUGAAGCAGGCUCACGCAGGAGCCCUCUUUGUUUUCAGCUUUCAGCAACGCCGUCUGGGCAGCAUAUUGGACCGUUUCACCCGGCAUGAACGUGUCUUGGAUUAGCGUCGCCAAAAGCCACCGAGCAUCUGGAGGUCAGAGCCGAUCUUAGUGUCAGUGGGACAAGGAGCAUCUCUUGAAUCAUAGCACUCUUCAAUCAGAGUUUUGACAGGCAGGGCUUGACAAUGUCUUUCAUGUUGAAGUAACGGAGAGAGUCUGAAGGGGUGGGCUCAGAGCCCAGUACAGACUCCAGGUUUGCUUACAAUUGAUUGAGGCAGACGAGCUGGCUUAUGACAUUGCUCGAGUAAGUCCUGUGAGUAAAAAUCCAGAAGCUGUUAUUCACAAAGAGCCAACAGAUCUCCAUGUUUUUGUUCAUGCACAUCUGCCUGAUUGUGCUCACAUGUGCGUAUAUCAUAUCCUAUUCACAUCUUUGAUUUUCUGCCAGCAAAUAUGUUCCUUGAGAUGUAUGAGUUCAACAGUAGUGUGUGUUUUAGGGUGUGUUUAUGUGCGUCGGUGUGUGUGUGUGUGGAGGAGCAGCAGCCUGUUCUUGGCUGUCUCUGUCUCCUCUGGCAGUCUUCCCCUGCAGGCUGUGGAGGUCAAUGUGAUAAUGGAGUCGCCGCUGCCGGCUCUCCCCCAUGGCCCAGCAGGGUGGACACUCUCCCUCCAGCUCCCAUUCUCGCCUCUUUAUCUGACUCUACAUCCAUCACUUUCUCCGCCUGUACUGGAUUCUUUUAACCUCCAUUUGUCAACGUUUCUCCGGCGUACACACCUUAGCUUCCCUGUUCUGUUUGACCUCUUUGUAAAUAAUUUUAGUUUGUAAAUCUGUCACAGCUCACUGAAACACUCAUCUGUUUAUGAAUGAGAUUAUUUAUAAGUGUUUAUGCAUGAUAAGACAAAACUGUUUGUGCCUCUGCUCUGUUUCCACCUACAGUUUCCAGGACAUGGUGAGCUACUUCGGAGUUAGGCCAAAGUCUGGGGAGAAAGAGGUGGCGCCAAAUCACGUUUUUAUGCUUUGGUACGAGUUCUGCAAUGACUUCAAGAAUGCCUGGGUGCGACAGAACAAGAACAUCUCCAAGGAGAGGUGGGUAUUCUUCCAAUUAUAGUUUACAUGUCAAGAAAUACAAAGAGUAGUUUGCAUGUCGAGAGGAAUGUGACUGAAAAAUUGUGUAUUUUUAAGGCAUUUUAGAGAAAUUGUUUAAGAAAUUUACAGUACUGAAUUGCAUCGUGGGGUAUGCAAGAACCAUUAGUUUGAUUUUGUUUUAGUCACCUUCUCUUUUUUGCCCUCCCCACAAAAAAGUAUGGUACUUACCUCUAAGUGAUGGUCAUAAAGACCUGACUCAUCCCGGUUUCCCUGAAGAAACAUGGAAAACGCUUUUGUAAAAUAAGCUUAGCAAACAUGAUCAUUUUAAAAAGGACUUAACCAAAGGAAUGAAAGUAUUCUGAGACAACUUUAGUGCCUUUUAGCACCAAGAGCUAUAAAUUUGUUGUUGCUGCCUGUUCAAAACUGCUGUCAGUGGACACAGGCCCUUGUCAGUGACUUAAAGCUCCAGUGAGGAGUCUUUUUAUUUUUUUCAUUUUUAUUAAAAAGGCUUAAACUCAGUGAUGCUUUUUUAUAAUAUCCAAAAACAACCAUGACCAACAGUAUGUGUGAUGAUUUUAAAAUUGUAAUUUUUAAUUCAGGAAAUGUGUCUGAGAGGGUAGGUGUCAGCCAAGCAGAUGAGAAAACAGCCCUGUUUUUACAACUUUCACAUUAAACAUUCUCAAAAAUAACACAUUUGACUGUCAAUAGUCAACAAGAUGAGAUUUCUUGGUCAGAUGACAUCACUUAGAGGGAUAUUCCGGCAUAAAAUUAAUUUAGGGUCAAACACACCAUUACAGCGAGUUGGACACCACCUCGAAAGAUGAAUACAGAGCGGUCUGAGGAGCUAUAAACAAACCUCAACCAAAACACCACUCUAUAGCCACAAAUAAUGGUCAGAACAGCACCUAACUUCAUCAACAGUACAUACAGGGUCCCAACCAUAGUACUAGCCACCAAACAUCUUUUUAGGCUUCCCUCAUUUCUUUAGCAAAGAGGCAAAACACAACUCACCCACUCUCCUCCAGCAGCCGCUUGUCUGUGGGGGAGCCCUGACGAGUCCAUCACCGAGUGUUGAUUUUAAAACAUCUUAUCUAAAACUCACUUUACAGUCUUUUUAAAAAAAAAACCUUUGGACAUCCUGUCAAGAGCACCUAUUGGGUAAGAGUGAUGAGCAGUAGCUGGUUAGGGAUUAAAUCAGAGAGGGACGCCCUCAAAGAGCAGGCAAACAGGAGCUGAGGCCUCAGCUCCGUCUGAAGGAUUGAGGUCUGAAUUUAUGAUGUUUCUUCUGACCUGAGGCGUCAUGUUGGGGGGGCAUUCCUCUGAGGGACCACAGACCCUCCUGGCGGCUGCCUGGCUUUACUAGUCAGUGGACCGAGGGACAGUGGCUGUUAAAGGCAGUGUGUUAUGGUAGAGCUGAUAAACAGUGUAAUGAUGCUGGACAUGCAGACUCUGUAAGAGAGCAAAACCACAUGAAGAAGUGGCCUUGUAGUUUUAAAUAUCAUGUGGUGCCUUCAUGGUUCAUCACACUCUGAUCAUGUUGAAUAACUGAAGAUCUGUCCACCAUGGAUCCAUGUGCUCUCUCUUAAUUGUUUAUCAGGUCAUCAUGCCUCACAUUACUCCCAGCUGAUUGUGCUUUUACACCAUUAAGUUAAUUUUAAAUAGUGUUUGCGCACUCAUAAAAGCCAAGUGUUUUUUAAAGGCUGCCUCAUUAUCUCAUCAGCCCACUGUCAUUCUCUACUGCCUCUCACUUACGGGGCUUUCACUGACCGCAAACUGCGCAGAGGAUCAGUGUGCAUCCGCCUGUGUGUGUGCAUGUGAGCAUGUGUGUAUGUUUAAGGCUCUACAUGGCUCCAUGACACAAGGUGCCCCCGGGGGAGACACUUAAAUGUUUUGCUCUUACUAACAACUUCAGAAGGUCGCAGUGAUGAGAGGCGUCUGACUUUACGUUGUUUUUUAUGAGUUGCACAAGUACGGUUUUCCAGAGGGGUUCAGUGUGCACUUUAAGUUAAAAAAAGGCUGCAAAUAUUAAGUCCAUGUGGAUUUUUUUUUCUCUUUUUAGGUUAAAGGAAGCUCAAGAAAACAUCAAAAAGAUAACAGCAGAGAAGAGAGUGGAAACUAAGAAGAUCAACGCUAACAGUCUUGUAAGAAUCAUUUGCACACAUUAGGAAAAGUCUGUUUUUUUUAUGAUAACAUCAGUUAACUGAUAAUCUUUUUGUGCUUUUAUUGCCAACAGAAAGAGAGGCUGCGGCAGAAAGAAGCCGCUGUGACCUCGAGCUGAAUGAAAUGACACAACAGAAAGAGAAAGAAGAUCGCAGAAUAAAGUGUUAAAGCUUUACUUCUCUUGCAUUAACCACCUGCCUCAUCAACUUCAGGCCUUCCCACAAUUUAAACCUCACCAGACUCUAACUACUCCCACUGCCAUAUCUCCAUCUUACUAACCUCUCCCCUUCCCCUCCCAAUGCUCCGCCGGCCUUUCGUCGAUCUCUUGCCAGACAGACAGAAGUCAGGCCUGCAGCAGGGAUGCAUGGCUGACACCAACACAGUGAUGAGAGUCUGAGAGGCCAUAGGUUGAUCUCAUUCAUCCAGCGUGGCGUGAACUGUGAGUGGCCAGCUUGUGAAAGGUCAUAAAGGGUCAGUAAAGGGGGGGCGGUCACAGUGAUUCCAGCUGACACAUUCACGAGGUUCUUUCCAGAUCUGCCAGAGCGGGCCCCUUUUUGUAAAGUUGCAUUUGAGAGCAGAAACAAAAAAGCUCCUACAGAUUUAAAAUGCUAAGAAGCAAAGUAAGAUAUCUCUGAAAGUGGUAAAAGAACCAGUUCCCAGUGUCCUUUGCUGUAGCGGAUAGCCCUUCAUUCACCACGGCUCAUUAAAAGUCUUGUAAAUACGUCAUGUUGUAGGAUGUGCAGGGACCUCGCAGCUUAUGAUGGAUGAUCUACACUCUCCUUUGAGUGCAGAUGAAGACGUGAGACGUGUAGUGUUUAAGUGUGUGCGCACCAAUCUGAAUGUGUACCGUUUUGUGUAGCUCUGCACCAGACCAACCUCUGCUGGGUGUUGACCAGAGAGGAGCAGAACCUAGCAGCAAGCCCUUGGCCCCGACACACUCACACAGACGCACUUUGGAAACAUUAGAAGAACACAACAGGAUUUUGGCCCUGCACCCAUUCACCUAAAUAUUGAAUAUGCAUUAUAGAAACUUGUUGAUCCUUUACAGAGUGAUGCACAUCACAUUGUGUUGUGCACACCUUUUAAGCACUUUACUGCUUGCAGAAGCUGUUUGUCGUAGCUCACUGAUAGCCACACUCUUCUGGUUUGCUAACGGCCUGUGUUUUUGCACUUUAAUUUGGACCUCUUUUCCUAUGCAAGGGUUUGGUUUCCUCACUGUAACAUUAGAGAAAGGCAUUGCUUCAGGUUUAUAUUUUUGAUUUCCAUGAAAGUAUAUGAGAGUGUUUUAUUUUGCAUACGAACGGUGAAUACACUCCUGUAACAUUCAAGAAAAGUCUAUUUAUGUAAGAGGAUUUAUUUUAAGCCAAAAACGUCAGCUGUGUUCCCUUUGAGGCUGUAUUUUUAUGAGUUGUGAUUGAAUAAGAUGCUGCCUAAUAGUGGAAUCAAAAGAAAGAUAUAUUUUCUCAAAGAACAAGAGCUAUUUGCAUUCAUUUGCAGUUAUUUUGGAGAGAUGAGGGUCAUAUUUUGUGUAUCGAGAACAUUUAAGCAUAUAACCUGAAGCCAUGUAAGUUGUAAUACCUCAAAGUUCCAGCGUCAGAGUUCCCAUAAAACUGCACCUUGAAUUACUUUUUUACCCUCUUAAAUCUUUAUCUGUGCCAUUUCUUUUUGUAUGAAAUUUUAAAUAUGUCAUAUACUGCUAUGUCUUACUUGAGAGGAAAAUGAAAAAAAAAAAGAGCUGAUAGGAACAAAGGACCUGCUGUAGCCUCUACUGUACCUGUGUUGGUUCAUGUAACCUUCAGUAGCUCUCAUGUAGGUGCUCUGUAAUUUUAUGGAAUUGUUUUAAAUUUCAAUAAUAAACUACUGGAUGCCGAACAAACUGGAACGAUGUCUGCAGUUUCAUCAGUCAACACAUUUACCAGUGUUUUCUUUUUUUAAAGCCCAGAGGUGCAACACGCAGAUGUGGUAUUUAUAGAUUGAAGCUGACUCACAAGAGGAUGUGAUGAGUCAUAUUUUGCUGGAUUUUCAAUAAACUUUGAGUCUGGG